AUGGGUAUGGAACUGAACUGGCAGCUGGAAGGCUCCCAUGUACCAUAUUGUGCCCUUGAGCAAGGAACUUCAUCCCCCACAAUUGCUCUCCACCCAGGGGUGCUGCACUGCAAGGUGUUUGGAAAAGCAGAAGACACUUUAUUGUCCAUUGGUGAGAAUGGAAAUAUAAAUAUUCUCUCCGUGUUCUUGUUACAAGAUGAGUCUUGGCACAUGUCUACACUCACACUGCUGUUGCCUCUAUUGCACCACUAUACAAGUAUUCCUUGUAUUGUACUACACUGCCAUUACUGUAUGUAUGGCUACUAUUUAACCCCCUAGAGUCUAUGUUCACGCAUGCUUCAGGUGAUAGAAAUCUGAACACACUUCCAGCGCUUUAAAAAGUUGAUGUAAUUAGACUUUCCUGUGGAUAUAUUGUGUCACAUUCCUAUCUCCAAAAGGGACCAACCGCACAGACAACCGGUAUCCGCCAAACCCAGAUUAGUCUGUCAGACUGCCAGAUGGUGAAGCCAUUUCCACUGCUCCAGAGUCCAAUGGUGGCGAGCUUUACACCACUCCAGCUGACACUUGGCAUUGCGCAUGGUCUCCCGAGUGGCGCAGUGGUCUAAGGCACUGCAUCGCAGUGCUACCUGUGUCACUAGAGAUCCUGGUUCGAAUCCAGGCUCUGUCGUAGCCGGCCGCGACCGGGAGACCCAUGGGGUGGCGCACAAUUGGCCCAGCGUUGUCCAGGGUAGGGGAGGGAAUGGCCGGCAGGGAUGUAGCUCAGUUGGUAGAGCAUGGCGUUUGCAACGCCAGGGUUGUGGGUUCGUUUCCCACGGGGGGUAUAAAAAAUAAUGUAUGCACUAACUGUAAGUCGCUCUGGAUAAGAGCGUCUGCUAAAUGACUAAAAUGUAAAUGUAAUGUAAAAUGCAUGGUGAUCUUAGGCUUGCGUGCAGCUGCUCGGCCAUGGAAACCCAGUUGCUUCCAGAGGCAGUUUGGAACUCGGUAGUGAGUAUUGCAACCGAGGACAGAAAAUGUUUAUGCGCCACACGCUUCAGCACUCGCCGGUCCCGUUCUGUGAGCUUGUGUGGCCUACCACUUCGCGGUUGAGCCGUUGUUGCUCCUAGAUGUUUCCACUUCACAAUAACAGCACUUACAGUUGACCGGGGCAGCUCUAACAGGGCAGAAAUUUUAAGAACUGACUUGUUGAAAAGGUGGCCCCUAUGACGUUGCCAUGUUGAAAGUCACUGAGCUCUUCAGUAAGGCCAUUCUACUGCCAAUAUUUGUCUAUGGCUGUGUGCUCGAUUUUAUACACCUGUCAGCAACGAGUGUGGCUGAAAUAGACAAAUCCACUAAUUUGAAGGGGUGUCCACAUACUUUUGUAUAUAUAGUGUAUAUCACAUUUCUUAUGUUUUUUAAAUUGGUAUUUCAUCACCUGCCAGAUAAAAACCUAAAAUGGCCCUACUGAAAAGGUUUAUUGGCCCGAAUAAUCUGAAGUGGAUUUGGCCCGAGUACCAUUAGCCGGAGCCCAGAGUAAUAUGAUUCUGCCGGACUCUGGAAAAGCUUGGCCCACAUGAAGCCCCCCGAGCCCGAGUCCAUGCCGAGUCCCCUGAGUCUCAAACGGAAUAGGCCCGAGCCCAGCGUGUUGACUGCACUGUAAAAAAAUCUGUAAUUUUUACAGUGAAUUACUGGCAGCACAGUAGCCAGUAGGUUACUGUAGAUGUACAGUAAAAUACUGGCAUCACAGAAGGCAGUAAAUUAUUGUAGAUUUACAGGACCUUUACUGAAACACAAAUGUACAGUAUAUUACUGUAUUACCUGACUACAGCAACGUGCUGUAUUUCUAGAAUUGAUAGUGCAUUUCUGGAAGCGCAGUGGUUAAUAAACUUUUGCAAUGAGUGCAAGCAGCUAGUGCCAACGAUGGGCAAUGUUUCUGUUGCAGGUAUUUGAUAAACCUAUUUUAUUAUUUGUAUUUCGCUGGCCCGAAGUACGAUUCAUGUAUUUUGUACCACUUUAAUGAGAAUAUAUGUAUUUUGUAUUUUCAAAUACAACAAUAAACUUGCAAGUAGCCCGCUUAACUACAACAACAUUCUCGGUAACUGUAAAAUAAUCGUUUUCCUUGCUAUGACUGUGAUAUGUUCUUGGUUAUAUGCCUUAGUUUAGUGUAAGUCGUUCUGGAUAAGAUUGUCUGCUAAUGACCAAAAUGUAAAUGUAAAAAUGAACGCUUGCAAAGCACACUGCUGGGUAUUAUUCUAAUGAGCUCCACCCCCAAACAAGGACAAAUUUGAUCAAAAUAUAAAUUGUUUUUGAGGGCGGAGCUCAUUAGAAUAAUACCCAGCAGUGUGCUUUGCAAGUGUUAAUUUUUACAUUUACAUUUUGGUAAUUUACCAUACGCUUUUGUCCGGAGUGAUGUAUAGUCAGUGCAUUAAACUAAGGUUGGUGAAACAUUUCUGUAACUGUUACUGAGAAUGUUGUUGUAGUUAAAGAUAAACUGGUCUUCAAGGUGUUUUGUAUUUGUUACAAGAUACCUUUUGACGUUUCUUUGCCCAUCUCUGGUUAGUGCCAAGUACAUUACUGUAAUAUUCACAGUAACUUGCCACCAGUUUCCUGUAAGUUACUGUAAUAUCAGAGCAAUGAUACAGUACAAUACUGUAAAAUUAGCCUACUAUUCUGUAAGAAAGUAAAUACUACUGUAAUUUAAAUAUUGGCAUUUUACUGUACGUACAUGUGAUUGAUGCAAGCAGGUUGGAUGCAAGUUAUUUGUAUGUUGCUGUCACGAAUGUCAGUGAAAUGCGGUGGAAGGAGUCAGGCGCAGGACACAGAACUCUCGGAAACUUACUUUACUCAGAAUGCAAGAACACGAAACAGAAUACCUCCACACAGGGAGGAACUAACCCGCUCACCAACGACACACGUCACAAAGAAACAAUCACACACAAAAUCCAAAUGAGAGACAGGGGUAAAUAUAGGGCAUACAAUCAUACAUAAUGGAGAACAGGUGUAAACAAUACAGACUAAACUAGACAAACACCGAAACAUCGAUCGGCAGCAGCUAGUACUCCGGGGACGACGAACGCCGAAGCCUGCCCGAGCAAGGAGGAGGAGCAGCCUCGGCAGAAUCCGUGACAGUUGCAGCACUUUUACAAAUACUGUAUUUGGUGUUUUAUAUCACUUGCAUGUCUAGAGGCCUGAACAAACGCUUCCAAACUGCCCGUGAUUACAGGGAAAACAGACCAAAAGGACUUGGCAAACCACUAAAACUAUAAAGGUUUUAGACUUACUGUCACUUUAAUCUGACCCCCAUGCACAUUCAAUUGUUAGGGCACUACUACCACAUGUCAGUUCAAUUGGUACAGCAUUCUGACUAAGGGGUACAACAAAUAUAGCCACGUACAAGGCACAACUCGAAAUAUAUUAUUUCCCCGCCCACAACAUUUGACCAUAAUUUAUAGAACACUGCAGUAAAUAUACAGAAAAACAGCAAUACAGUACUUUAUUGUUAAAUUGUAUGGUAAUAAAAUUACAGCAAUUGCUAACAGUGAGUAUGUAAUUAUAUAUUACAUUGUACCAAUGAAUAUGUUGUGUUUUAUAUCACUUGCACUUGUAGAGGCCUUAACAAAGGCUUCUAAACUGGCAGUGACUACAGGGCAAAACAGAUCAAAAGGACAUGGCUAAACACUCAACCAUUAAAGGUUUGAGACUUGCUGCCACUCUGAUCUGUCCCCUAAACACAUUCAAUUGUUAGGGAACUACUUUCACAUGUCAGUUAAAUUGGUACACCACUCUCACUAAUGGAUGCAACAAAUAUAACCUCUUACAAGGCAUGCCUCGAAAUACACUGCUCAAAAAAAUAAAGGGAACACUUAAACAACACAAUAUAACUCCAAGUCAAUCACACUUCUGUGAAAUCAAACUGUCCACUUAGGAAGCAACACUGAUUGACAAUAAAUGUCACAUGCUGUUGUGCAAAUGGAAUAGACAACAGGUGGAAAUUAUAGGCAAUUAGCAAGACACCCCCAAUAAAGAAGUGGUUCUGCAGGUGGUGACCACAGACCACUUCUCAGUUCCUAUGCUUCCUGGCUGAUGUUUUGGUCACUUUUGAAUGUUUGUGGUGCUUUCACUCUAGUGGUAGCAUGAGACGGAGUCUACAACCCACACAAGUGGCUCAGGUAGUGCAGCUCGUCCAGGAUGGCACAUCAAUGCGAGCUGUGGCAAGAAGGUUUGCUGUGUCUGUCAGCGUAUGGUCCAGAGCAUGGAGGCGCUACCAGGAGACAGGCCAGUACAUCAGGAGACGUGGAGGAGGCCGUAGGAGGGCAACAACCCAGCAGCAGGACCGCUACCGCCGCCUUUGUGCAAGGAGGAGCAGGAGGAGCACUGCCAGAGCCCUGCAAAAUGACCACCAGCAGGCCACAAAUGUGCAUGUGUCUGCUCAAACGGUCAGAAACAAACUCCAUGAGGGUGGUAUGAGGGCCCGACGUCCACAGGUGGGGGUUGUGCUUACAGCCCAACACCGUGCAGGACGUUUGGCAUUUGCCAGAGAACACCAAGAUUGGCAAAUUCGCCCUGUGCUCUUCACAGAUGAAAGCAGGUUCACACUGAGCACGUGACAGACGUGACAGAGUCUGGAGACGCCGUUGAGAACGUUCUGCUGCCUGCAACAUCCUCCAGCAUGACCGGUUUGGCUCUGCCCUCCAUGUGCUCGCCAGAGGUAGCCUGACUGCCAUAAGGUACCGAGAUGAGAUCCUCAGACCCCUUGUGAGACCAUAUGCUGGUGCGGUUGGCCCUGGGUUCCUCCUAAUGCAAGACAAUGCUAGACCUCAUGUGGCUGGAGUGUGUCAGCAGUUCCUGCAAGAGGAAGGCAUUGAUGCUAUGGACUGGCCCGCCCGUUCCCCAGACCUGAAUCCAAUUGAGCACAUCUGGGACAUCAUGUCUCGCUCCAUCCACCAACGCCACGUUGCACCACAGACUGUCCAGGAGUUGGCGGAUGCUUUAGUCCAGGUCUGGGAGGAGAUCCCUCAGGAGACCAUCCGCCACCUCAUCAGGAGCAUGCCCAGGCAUUGUAGGGAGGUCACACAUGCACGUGGAGGCCACACACACUACUGAGCCUCAUUUUGACUUGUUUUAAGGACAUUACAUCAAAGUUGGAUCAGCCUGUAGUGUGGUUUUCCACUUUAAUUUUGAGGAUGACUCCAAAUCCAGACCUCCAUUGUUUGAUAAAUUUGAUUUCCAUUGAUCAUUUUUGUGUGAUUUUGUUGUCAGCACAUUCAACUAUGUAAAGAAAAAAGUAUUUAAUAAGAUUAUUUCAUUCAUUCAGAUCUAGGAUGUGUUGUUUAAGUGUUCCCUUUAUUUUUUUGAGCAGUGUAUAUUAAUGAGACAGAAACAACACUACCAUGCACCCACUAGUGUUCAAAAGGUUUUUGGCAUUCUCCCGAGUGGCGCAGUGGUCUAAGGAAUUGUGCCACUAGAGAUCCUGGUUCGAAUCCAGGCUCUGUCGUAGCCGGCCGCGACCGGGAGACCCAUGGGGCGGCGCACAAUUGGCCCAGCGUCGUCCAGGGUAGGGGACGGAAUGGCCGGCAGGGAUGUAGCUCAGUUGGUAGAGCAUGGCGUUUGCAACGCCAGGGUUGUGGGUUCGAUUCCCACGGGAGGCCAAUAUGAAAAAAAAAGAAAAAAGAAUGUAUGCACUCACUAACUGUAAGUCGCUCUGGAUAAGAGCGUCUGCUAAAUGACUAAAAUUGAAAAUGUAGAUGUAAAAUAACAGUAUGGUACUGUAUUCUGUGGGGUUGGUAUGGAAUUACAGUGAAAUACUAGCAUCACAGUAGCUAGUAAAUUACUGUAGAUUUACAGGCAAAUGUUUUUGAUUCCAAAAAUACAGUAUGGUACUGUAGUCUGUGGGGUUGUACUGCAUUACAGUAAAUUACUGGGUGCACAGUAGCUAGUAAGUUACUUCAGUUUUACAGGACAAGGUUUUUAGAUUCCGAAAAUACGGUAUGGUACUAUUUUCUGUGGGGUACAGCAUUCUCACUAACGGGUGCAACAAAUAUAGCCUCUUACAUGGCACACCUCAAAAUGUAUUAAUGAACUACAUAGAGCUACAUAUUCAUUGCCCGCCCACAAAAUUUUCCCACAAUGCACCCUAAUUCACAGUAUGCUUACAUUUACAUUACAUUUUAGUCAUUUAGCAGACGCUCCUAUCCAGAGCGACUUACAGUUAGUGAAUACAUAUUUUUUUUAUACUGGCCCCCCAUGGGAAUCGAACCCACAACCCUGGCGUUGCAAACGCCAUGCUCUAUCAACUGAGCUACAUCCCUGCCGGCCAUUCCCUCCCCUACCCUGGACGACGCUGGGCCAAUUGUGCGCCGCCCAUGAGUCUCCUGGUCGCGGCCGGCGGCGACAGAGCCUGGAUUCGAACCAGGAUCUCUAGUAGCACAGUUAGCACUGCGAUGCAGUGCCUUAGACCACUGCGCCACUCAGGAGUAGUAUGCUGCCGUAAAUAUACAGCAAAACAGGUAAUACAAUGCUUUACUGUAAAAUUACAUUGUAAAAUUACAGCAAUUGCAAUUUUACAGCAUUGUAGCGGAAUUGUAGCAGAAUACCAUUGAGCCCUGGUAUUGCAUUCCUCUUUACAGUACUGUACUGUAAUAUAGAAUUACAGUAGCAAAGGUAAGUGUUUUGCUGUAAAUGUACAGCAAUUUGUUUCAGUGUGGGUACAGUAUACCAUGAGACACUAACCGGCUUUGGUGCGCUCUGCCAGCUGUUGUUUGCCAAGUGUGCUAAGCUGUAUCAUACAAACCCUGCUGAAAAAUAACAUUUCUACAAUUGUGUCAUGUUUGCAUAGAUUGAUGUCUAUUAAUUGAGUAGCAUUUAGAUAACUGGUCAAUAGUUCAAUCAGAUUUCAACCAUAAACCAGAUAUCAGUCAAAAUAAGAGAGGGAAAAAGACAUCAUGAAAAAUACCUCUUAAUCUGGUUGUGAUCUGGUUAUAAGAAGUCCUGACCAUAUUUCAACCAGGAAAAUAUGUCUUUAUCACAUUGCAUGCACACUGGGUACAAUCAGUUAGCAAGUCAGACAUUUCUGAGUUUCGUGGUUCCGACUUGCACGUCAACGCUCCAUAACGUUCCUGGGUUCCAGACGUUUUCAUUGGCCACGUCCUAUUGCGGGCGAGACUCUAGACCACGAAUUCCUCAGCGCUCCUCAAAUUUCCUGAAAUCACAGACCUCUAGUUCUCCUCUGUAACCGUCACAUUCAGCGCCCACCUCCUCCUCGCAACAGACGCCUGAACAGAGCCGCUUUUCAAAAUGGUAAUUUACUUUAUUUCUUUGACUAUUUAACUAUUUUACUUGACAUUAAUCAAUAACAUGCGUUUUUAAACUUUCGUAUAUUUUCAUAUUUUUCUCUUCCUUGCCUCUCUCUUCCCAGAUGUUGCAAAGUGUCCCCUUCCUCGUAUUGCUGGCGAUAGCGUUCUGUCAAGCCGAGGUAAGUUGGACUUCAGAUUGUUUAGUUAACUGGUGAUCAAUGCAAAACUAAACAACAUAUUAUGAUUGAAAUAGGCUACUCCUAUAUUAAAUGUGAAAGGCUCUGCUCCCUUUACUGGCUUUAUGGGUUUUAUAUGGCGUUUUUAGGCAGGGCCUGCUAUUGCAGGGGCUUACAGGGGCUUAAGCCCCAGGGCCUAAGCCAGUAGGGGGCCCUUGAGGCAGAAAACCUUUGAAAAAAAUAAAUUUUUACAGUUAAAUUAUGUGUUUAAUAUUAGGCUCAUCAAAAAAUAUCUAAUCCCCUAUAAAAUAUCUAAGCCCCAGGGCCUAUUAUUUUAAAAUCCGGCCCUGCUUGUAGUGGCACAGCUGGAGUGCUUAGAAUGUAGACUAGUCUAGUUAUAUUUGUGACAAACAUAGGGCCUAAUAAUUAACGGCUAGAUUUAUUCAAAAUUUUUAUUCUUCAUGAUGGACCGAAGGUUUUCUUUUCAAGGGAGAACCGAUUAACAUGGCAUUAUCCAAGGGAUAUUGCGCACAAGACUUCAUUAUGGAGACAAUUAGCCAGCAGUUCAAUUAAACUGCUACAGGGACCGUUGCAUUUUAAUUGGAAAAUCUUCUUCCAAAUCCGUUUGUAGAUUAUGAUGGCCACACAGCAUAUGAUUUUAUCAUAAUGGUUUGUAGGACUAUCCAACUAAAAAAAACACAUAUAUUUAUCUUUGAUGUAGUUUAGCUAUGUUCACAGGAUGUGAAUGUGUCCUCUAUAUCUCUGAUGGAAAUGGGGCAAGGAUUGAUAUUUUUGACACUGUUUUGGACAACACAGAUGGAACAGAAAAAUAAACACACACUCACGUGCACACAUGCGCACACACGCACACACACACACACACACACACACACACACACACACACACACACACACACACACGCUAUCCUGUGAAUUUCCUCUUUCAGUGUUUGUUAAGUUGAUGAAGUGAUAGUGUUGCAAGCAAACAAGGAUACUCUUUAUUAUCUUUGGCUCCAUGGGUAACAAACAGAGUUAACUCCUACACUCAUGGGAAUUGGCCUAUAUGGAUAAGGCGAAAUGUAAAUGUAGAAGAAAUAUAGAAAUGCAUAACCAUGGUAGCAAUUACACUGAACAAAAAUAUAAACGCAACAUGCAACAAUUUCAAAGAUUUUACUGAGUUACAGUUCAUAUAAGGAAAUCAGUCAAUUGAAAUAAAUUCAUUAGGCCAUAAUCUAUGGAUUUCACAUGACUGGGAAUAAAGAUAUGCAUCUGUUGGUCACAGAUACCUUUUAAAAAAAGGUAGAGGUUUGGAUCAUAAAACCAGUCAGUAUCUGUUGUGACCACCAUUUGCCUCAUGCAGCGCAACACAUCUCCUUCGCAUAGAGUUGAUCAGGCUGUUGAUUGUGGCCUGUGGAAUGUUGUCCCACUCCUCUUCAAUGGCUGUGUGAAUUUGCUAGAUAUUAGCGGGAACUGGAACACGCUGUCGUAGACGUCAAUCCAGAGCAUCCCAAACAUGCUCAAUGGGUGACAUGUCUGGUGAGUAUGCAGGCCAUGGAAGAACUGGGAAAUGUUCAGCUUCCAGGAUUUGUGUACAGAUCCUUGCGACAUGGGGCAGUGUAUUAUCAUGCUGAAACAUGAGGUGAUGGCGGCGGAUGAGUGGCACGACAAUGGGCCUCAGGAUCUCGUCAUGGUAUCUCUGUGCAUUCAAAUUGCCAUCGAUAAAAUGCAAUUGUGUUCAUUGUCCGUAGCUCAUGCCUGCCCAUACACUAACCCCACCGCCACCAUGGGGCACUCUGUUCACAAUGUUGACAUCAGCAAACCGCUCGCCCAUACGACGCCAUGUGCCCGGUACAGUUGAAACCACAAUUAAUCAGUGAAGAGCACACUUCGCCAGCGUGACAUUGGCCAUUGGAGGUGAGCAUUUGCACACUGAAGUUGGUUACGAUGCCGAACUGCAGUCAGGUCAAGACCCUGGUGAGGAUGACGAGCACGCAGAUGAGCUUCCCUGAGACGGUUUCUGACAGUUUGUGCAGACAUUUUUCUUUUCGGUUCUACAAACCCACAGUUUCAUCAGCUGUCCGUGUAGCUCGUCUCAGACGAUCCUUUAGAUGAAGAAUGUGGAGGUCCUGUGCUGGCGUUGUUACAUGUGGUCUGCGGUUGUGAAUCCGGUUGAACAUACUGCCAAAUUCUCUAAAAAAAACGUUGGAGGCGGCUUAUGUUAGAGAAAUGAACAUUACAUUAUCUGGCAACAGCUCUGGUGGACAUUCCUGGAGUCAGCAUGCCAAUUGCACACUCCCUCGAAACAUCUGUGGCAUUGUGUUGUGUGACAAUAGUGCAGAAUUUAGAGUGGCCCAGCACAAGGUGCACCUGUGUAAUGAUCAUGCUCUUUAAUCAGCUUCUUGAUAUGCCAUACCUGUCAGGUGGAUGGAUCAUCUUUUCAAAGGAGAAAUGCUCACUAACAGGGAUGUAAACAAAUUUGUGCAUAAAAUAUUAGAUAAAUACGCUUUUUGUGCGUAUGGAACAUUUCUGGGAUCAUUUAUUUCAGCUCAUGAAACAUGGGACCAACAAUUUACAUGUUGUGUUUAUAUUUUUAUUUAGUGUAAAGGUGAACAGUUUGGAGAUUUUAUGUGUAUUUACAGUUACGAAAUCUGAAAGUAUUCUGGAUACAUUCAGUAACAUGAUACGAAUAUUCAAAAGGAAAUUCGGAGAGGCAGAUCAUAAUUUUGGCGCGCAUAGAAUUGAGUCAUGAGUGCAUUCAGAUGCGUGGUCCGCGUCAAAUUUUCUUCACAAUACAGGACAACCCAGGGUAUGAUGCCAUGUCAUCUUGUAACUGUACAUCAAACAUAGUGAUCAUAAACGUUGACACUAUAUUACAUUCGUUUUAUGAUAUGGAAAUGUGAAGUGCACUUUUGGACUCACGGGUGUUUGGAUUGCUUGUAUGACAUCAAAGCGGUAUUUAUUAUAAUCCUCAACGCCUCAUCUUUCAAAAUACAUUGAGUCCUCGUAAUUUAUAGCAAUUCCCUCACUCAGACAACAAAAAAGUUGCCCAAUUAUCGGUAGGGAUGGUGCAACUUCUUGUCACGCGCGGGGCUCAAGUACAGAAUGUCUGUCAGUCAAAACUCAUACAGAGCUCUGAAGCGGAGACCCUGAGCUCUGAAGUCAUUUGUAACAUGUUACUGUACAGCUGCUGCGUUCCAAUUUAGGCACAGUGUCCAAAUCAACCAUUUUCAACCCGUAUACGGGUACGAGUGUAAAUGCUUAAUAAACAGCUGAGCUAACUAUACAAGGAUCAGGAGGACUGUUUGCUGUGCUGGGGUUGUGUUUGGGUGGUCAGUGGGUGUGUGUGUGUGUGGAUUGUAACACUCACCCGUGUGGGUCUCACACGCUGUGGUGCUAAGUAACCCCUGAGUAAACACUGAACUAAAGUGGUAGAGAUGUGGUUUCUUGAAACCACACAUGGUUAGUACUGUCACACACACACACCCGGGUUGUCUAUUUUCAAUGAUUUGUCAAUAAACUGAAAAUGUAUUUAUUUAUGACAAAAGUUGUUCAAUUUGGGGAUUUUUUAUUUCAAAUAACUUCCUGAAUUGACUGACUUCAAUUCGAAUUGACCCCAACCCUGACACACAUUUGUAGGCUUCAGGGUUAGAUUGUGGAAAACACUUUGGAAUUCCAAAUAUGUUCAGGAAUUACUGUGGAAUUCCAAAGAUUUUCAGGAAUUAGGCUACUUUGGAAUUACUUUGCUUUUCAGGUUGACCCUAAUUUCUGGAGUAAGAUUAUAGGUCAAGGUUUGGGAGAGGUUAGCUUUUGGGUUGAGGUUUAGCAUGGCUGUAGUUCUCUCUCUAGACUUGCGGUAGAUUGCAGGGUGAACUAAGUCAGCCUCUACUCAUUGUCAUUACACGUCCAGACAGUGAUCACUAUCAGUUCCAGCAGUACUACCUCCAGGCCCUCUGCUGACCUCCUAGUGCUGCCCCUGUCAUUGCCUGCUGGAAAGGCCCUUUGUGUGGGUCUUUAUUGGAUCUGUUACCUCUCUCAUUUGUGACCUCUGGCACUGAGAAGACUGAGUACAGACCAGAGUUUGUAGAAUGUUGCUGUGGAGUAUGUGGGAGAGGCAUUAUAAAUACAUAUAUUCUUUAAGGGUAAUUACCCUGUUAAUAUACAGCCUAUUGACAGACUGAGUAGGAAUGUUAAAGUGGCCUGGUAGUACACUGUCUUAAGGCGGUCUUGGGGAUUGUUUAGUUAUACAAUGUGUUGGUAUACAGUUUACAGUUUACUUUAAAAGCCAAUGUAUGCUUGAUCCGAAAAUGUGGUCGGAGGCUCUGUAUAGAGGGUGUGACGCAAUUGAGGAGCCUCCGGAGGCAUGCAGAGGCCAAAUUGAGCUCCGUACCGCAUUGCCGUGUGCCUUCCAAAUUUUUUAACAAUGCAGAGGGCUCCGUGUAGCUCCGCAUUGACAUGAUUGGUUGUUGGUAGGUGGGGGUGGGAGGUGCUGUAUAAACACAAACUAACUUCCUUGAUAACUUCCUUCACAACAGCUCUGCUCAACAGCUCUGCGCUGCUCCGUGAAGCGCAAGAAGUAUGAAUGCCCUGACUUCUGCAGAAGCAUACCACCGUAAAUGUUGCACAGCCAAUGCAGAUCCGGAUUGACCAUGCAGAGCCUUUAAGGCUGACUACAAUGUUGCACUGCAUGGCAGUCUUUAGUGAUUAUUUCAAGUUUCAAUCCCUAUUGUGUAGUUACUGUAGCUGCAGAUACUGUACCUCAGGUGUAUGUGUUUUGUGUGUGUGUGAGUGUAUGUGAGUGUGAGUGUUGUUGUUUGAUGGCUUUUUAUAUUGCUGACAUGAGAAUGCUAAGUUAUUAAAAUGUGAAAGCUGGCUACAGAUUUAUUAUGAAGGAGAGAAUGCCUGGGUGCGUCCUGAGGCAAGAAAUUGCUGUUUGCAGAUAAGAGGCUCAGAGAUAGUACGGCUGGGCUCACGGCUAUUCUCUCUGUCUGUGUGGAGACUGAGGAGAGAUAUGCAUCUGGUAAAUAAGAUGUUGACGUUUCCCACACACACACACACACACACUGUGAGAGUGAGAUGCGAAGGCUGUGUGUGGGCACACACUCACACACACUUUUCUCUUCUCCAGGCAUCCUGCGUUAUUGCAUUACCCAUGGUGGCCGGUGUAAUAACACAGUAGCUCAGUUCAGAACCACGGCUGGAUCUUUGAAAAUACAGGCUUCAGGAGAGAAACAGAACAAUGGCCGUCUACGCCAUGCACAGUAUACAACCUUUCUACUCACACACAGUGGAUAGACAACCACUCUACUCACACACAGGGGAUAGACAACCUCUCUACUCACACACAGGGGAUAGACAACCUCUCUACUCACACACAGGUGAUAGACAACCUCUCUACUCACACACAGGGGAUAGACAACCUCUCUACUCACACACAGUGGAUACACAACCUCUCUACUCACACACAGUGGAUAGACAAGUUCUCUACUCACACACAGAGGAUAGACAACCUCUACUCACACACAGUGGAUAGGCAACUUCUCUACUCACACACAGUGGAUAGACAACCUCUCUAUACACACACAGUGGAUAGAUACACACUAAAAACAAAUGGUUCUAUAUACUGCCAAAUAAGGGUUAUUUGGUUUGUAACCACAGUGGAUCCCUUUUUGGUGCUCUAUAUAUAAAACAUUUUUGAAGGUUCUAUAAAGAACCAUGCUCAUAAGGUUCUAAAUGGAACCUGUAUGGUGCUAUGAAGAACCAUUAAAAAAAGGUUUUAUAUAGCACCAAAAAAGGGUUCCGCAAUGGUUACAACCCUUUUUGGGACUAUAUAGAAUGCUUUUUUUUAUGGUUAUUUAUAGAACAUUUAUGGAGAAAGGUUUUUUAUAGAACCAUUCUCAAUCUCAAAGGUUCUUUAUAGAUCCUUUUGAAGAACCACAGUUUUUUUUUGGUCUAAUUUUCCAUAUUAUGUUGUUAAAAUUCCAUAGGUGUUAUUAUUGUGGCAAUUUACAAGUUGAAUCAAGUGUGCUACAUCUGGAACAGCUGGGGAUCCCUGAGGAGACACAAGGCCAUACGUGAAUCUUUCACAAGACACGAUCACUGGCCAUAGUCAUAUAUAACAUGCAGUUACAUAACACAACAGAUUAGAUGAACUGUAAUGACACUCUCACUCAAGGUUGCACAAAAAGGCACAGCUAACCAUGCCCCACAUUAUUUCAAUGAGCGGCCGUCCAUAUAUUUGAAUGAUCACUAAAAGAGCAAAGAACUGCAAAGAACCACUGAAGGGAUCAAAUUCCCAAAGAACGCUUGAGGAACCCUCUUUUCUUAGUGGGUACUCUCAAAGCUGAAGGACAUGAUGUAGGACGUAGCUUCAUGGCGCCGACAAAGAUGGCGGCCUCGCGACUAGCUCUUAGGAAACUUUGCAGUAUUUUGUUUUUUUAUGUAUUAUUUUUUACAUUAUUAGCUCAGAAAGUGUUUUGCAUCAUUACAUACAGCCGGGAAAAACUAUUGGAUAUCAGAGCGGCGGUAACUCACCAGCAUUACGACCAGGAAUACGACUUUCCCGAAGCAGAUCCUUUGUUGCUCUCCCCAGUGCAACUGAACUGAUUCCAGCGGCUGACCCAAAACAUCGCCGGCGGAGGAGAGGCACUCGGAGCGGCCUGCUGGUUCGAUUUAGGAGGCGCACACCACCCACCGCUUCCAAGUAUUCUACUCGCUAAUGUUCAGUCUUUGGUUAACAAGCUCCUUCCAGAGAGACAUCAAGGCAUGUAACAUCCUCUGUUUCACGGAAACAUGGCUCUCUUGGGAUAUUCUGUCGGAAUCGGUCCAGCCAGAUGGGUUCUGAGUUUAUCGCGCAGACAGGAAUAAAUAUCUCUCCGGGAAGCAGAAGGGCGGAGGUGUGUGUUUCUUGAUUAACGACUCAUGGUGUAAUUGUAGUAACAUAGAGGAACUCGAGAUAAUUUUAUUUGGUUAUAGUCACGGCCAUGUAUAUCCCCCCUCAAGCCGAUACCACGACGGCCCUCAAAGAACUUCACUGGACCUUAUGCAAACUGGAAAGCACAUAUCCUGAGGCUGCAUUUAUUGUAGCAGGGGAUUUUAACCAAGCAAAUUUGAGGACUAGGCUGCCGAAGUUCUAUCAACAUAUCGACUGUUGUACUCGCGCUGCUAAAAUCCUCGACCAUUGCUAUUCGAACUGGAUGGUUAUAAGGCCCUCCCCCACCCUUCUUUCGGCAAAUCUGACCACAACUCCAAUUUUGCUUCUCCCUUCCUAUAGGCAGAAACUCAAACAGGAAGUACCCAUGCUAAGGACUAUUCAACACUGGUCUGACCAAUCGGAAUCCACGCUUCAAGAUUGUUUUGAUCACGCGGACUGGGAUAUGUUCCGGGUAGCUUCCGGAAAUAAUUUAAACGAAUACACUGAAACGGUGACUGAGUUUAUCAGGAAGUGUAUAGGUGAUGUUGUGCCCACUGUGACUAUUAAAACCUACCCUAACCAGAAACCGUGGAUAGAUGGCAGCAUUCGCGCAAAUCUGAAAGCGCGAACCACCGCAUUCAACCAUGGCAAGGUGACUGGGAAUAUGGCAGAAUACAAACAGUGUAGCUACUCACUCCGCAAGGCAAUUAAACUGGCAAAACAUCAGUAUAGAGACAAAGUGGAGUCGCAAUUAAACGGCUCAGACACGAGACGUAUGUGGCAGGGUCUACAGACAAUCACGGACUACAAAAGGAAAACCAGCCACGUCGCCGACACCGACGUCUCGCUUCCAGACAAGCUAAACACCUUCUUUGCCCGCUUUGAGGAUAACACAGUGCCAGUGAUGAGGCCCACUACCAAGGACUGUGGCCUCUCCUUCUCCAUGGCCGACGUGAUUAAGACAUUUAAGCAUGUUAACCCCCGCAAGGCUGCCGGCCCAGACGGCAUCCCUAGCCACGUCCUCAGAGCAUGAGCAGACCAGCUGGCUGGUGUGUUUACAGACAUAUUCAAUCUCUCCCUUUCCCAGUCUGCUGUUCCCACAUGCUUCAAGAUGGCCACCAUUGUUCCUGUACCCAAGAAAGCAAAGGUAACUGAACUAAAUGACUAUCGCCCUGUAGCACUCACCUCUGUCAUCAUGAAGUGCUUUGAGAAACUAGUCAAGGAUCAUAUCACCUUUACAUUACCUGUCACCCUAGACCCACUGCAAUUUGCAUACCGCCCCAAUAGAUCUACAGACGACGCAAUCGCCAUCACACCGCACACUGCCCUAUCCCAUCUGGACAAGAGGAAUACCUAUGUAAGAAUGCUGUUCAUUGACUAUAGCUCAGCAUUCAACACUAUAGUACCCUCCAAGCUCAUCAUUAAGCUCAAGGCCCUGGGUUUGAACCCCGCCCUGUGCAACUGGGUCCUGGACUUCCUGACAGGCCGCCCCCAGGUGGUGAAGGUAGGAAACAACAUCUCCACUUCGCUGAUCCUCAACACUGGGGCCCCACAAGGGUGCGUGCUCAGCCCCCUCCUGUACUCCCUAUUCAACCAUGACCGCGUUACAAAGCACGCCUCCAACUCAAUCAUCAAGUUUGCAGAUGACACAACAGUCGUAGGCUUGAUUACCAACAAUGAUGAGACCGCCUACAGGGAGGAGGUGAGGGCUCUGGGAGUGUGGUGCCAGGAAAAUAACCUCUCACUCAACAUUAACAAAACAAAGGAGAUGUUCUUGGACUUCAGGAAACAGCAGAGAGUGCACCCCCCUAUCCUCAUCGACGGGACUGCAGUGGAGAAGGUGGAAAGCUUCAAGUUCCUUGGCGGAGACAUCACCGACAAACUGAAAUGGUCCACCCACGCAGACAGUGUGGUGAAGAAGGCGCAACAGAGCCUCUUCAACCUCAGGAGGCUGAAGAAAUUCGGCUUAGCACCUAAAACCCUCACAAACUUUUACAGAUGCACAAUUGAGAGCAUCCUGUCGGGCUGUAUCACCGCCUGGUAUGGCAACUGCACCGCCCACAACCGCACGGCUCUCCAGAGGGUGGUGCGGUCUGCCGAACACAUUACCGGGGGCAAACUACCCGCCCUCCAAGACACAUACAGCACCCGAUGUCACAGGAAGGCCAAAAAGAUCAUCAAUGACAUCAACCACACGAGCCACUGCCUGUUCAUCCCGCUAUCAUCCAGAAGGCAAGGUCAGUACAGGUGCAUCAAAGCUGGGACCGAGAGAAUGAAAAACAGCUUCUAUCUCAAGGCCAUCAGACUAUUAAAUAGCCAUCACUAGCACAUUAGAGGCUGCUGCUGCCUAUUGAAAUCACUGGCCACUUUAAGAAAUGGAACACUAGUCACUUUAAUAAUGUUUACAUAUCUUGCACUACUCAUCUCAUAUGUAUAUACUGCAUUCUAUUCUAUAAUAUUCUACUGUAUCUUAGUCCAUGCCGCUCUGUCAUUGCUUGUCCAUAUAUGUAUAUAUUCUUAAAUCCCAUUCCUUACUAAUUUUGUGUGUAUUGGGUAUAUCACCAAUUUGUAAGUCGCUCUGGAUAAGAGCGUCUGCUAAAUGAUGUAAAUGUAAAUGUAAAUGUUGUGAAAUAGUUAGAUAUUGCUUGUUAGAUAUUACUGCACUGUCGGAGCUAGAAGCACAAGCAUUUCGCUACACCCGCUAUAACAUCUGCUAAACACAUGUAUGUGACAAAUACGAUUUGAUUUGAUUUGAUUUGGAAUACUGAUUGUUUGCAUUGUUUUUCACUAGUUCUACAGUAUAACCAAAUAUAAAUGAUUAUGUUUACACUUCGUUAACUAUUGGUCGUAGAAUCACAUAACUAAUGUUAGCGACUAGCAAUGCACAAAACUACAUUUAGCAGGCUACUCUAGAGUCGUAGUAGAGUAACUGCCUCCCAAGCUGAGGUACAAUAUCCGACUGGAGCUGACAGUGACAGAGUCGCUGCCUCCCAGGCACCAUGCUGUGUAGCUGUUAUUGCUCUCAUUGGAAGGUGCUGCCUGGGCUAUAAAUACCAUGCCCAGGUGGAGUGAACAGAGCUGGAACAUGGGGGACUGCUCUAAUUGUUCUAGUUCUACAUUCACACACACGCACACACACACGCGGGCACGCAAGCAAGCACACACACAUUGAGAGUGAGGGAGAGAGAGGGAGAGGGAGAGGGAAAGGGAGAGGGAGAGGGAGAGAGAGGGAGAGAGAGAGAGAGAUCUGCACUUCCUAACUUCCUGCCAAAUGUAUGACCAUAUUAGAGACACAUAUUUCCCUCAGAUUACUCAGACCCACAAAGAUAAACUCCCAUAUCUAUUAAGUGAAAUACCACAGUGUGCCAUCACGGCAGCAAGAUUUGUGACCUGUUGCCACAAGAAAAGGGCAACCAGUGAAGAACAAACACCAUUGUAAAUACAGCCCAUAUUUAUGUUUAAUUAUUUUCUCUUUUGUACUUUAACUAUUUGCACAUCGUUACAACACUGUAUAUAGACAUAAUGACAUCUGAAAUGUCUCUAUUUCUUUGAAACAUUUGUGAGAGUAAUGUUUACUGUUCAUUUUUUAUUGUUUAUUUCACUUUUGUUUAUUAUCUAUUUCACUUGCUUUGGCAAUGUAAACAUAUGUUUCCCAUGCCAAUAAAGCCCUUUGAAUUGAAUUGAGAGAGAGACAGAGUGUGUGUGCCAGUGUUUUAUGGCCAUGUUGUGUAAUCUCCUCACUCUUGUCUAGUCAUGAAAGGAGACCUCAUUAACCAGCUGUACUGCUCUCUUAUCAUCAUCAGAGACACAGAAACACAUGUGCAUGCGCGCGCGCACACACACACAAAGACAUGUCAUGCCUCACUGCCUUCUAUGGUUGUUUUGUAACAGCAUCCUCUCUCUCUCUAGCCUAUAAUUUCUGUAGCUAGCUCCAUCUCUCUUCAUAUCCUGUGUGUGUGUGUGUGUGUGUGUGUGUUUGUGUGUGUGUGUGUGUGUGUGUGUGUUUGUGUGUCGGGGGAUAGGACCAGGCACAAAGAUAGCACUUGGCGGCAUUCCCAAGCAUCGGGCCCAAAUUUGCGGGCAAUUAAUACCAAGCAGAGCCCUGGGAGGCACACAAAACACACACACACACACACACACACACACACACACACACACACACACACACACACACACAGCCUAAUUUCAGUGCAGCUUCAAUAUGAAAUGGUUUAUGACACAGUAAUUGAAUGUAGAAAAUGGACACGGACCUAUCUGACUCGGCAGAACACUUGAAUUGACACAGUGUAUUGAACUUUGAUGAUAACCGUGGUCUCCAGCAUCUGAUCAUUCCAGUCCCCAAAAUGGCUGUCCCCAUUCUACAUAUUCCAUCCUAUACUGUGGAGGUCUGCAAACAGGCCCACUUCCUUCUCCAAACACACUUUCAGCCAUUAGCCCUGACUGUGGCCCCUUGGAGGGAGUAGUGUCUGGGGCAGGGAAACUACCCAUUCCCAUGGCCUGGGCCUGGAUCUGAGCCCUCCCACCCAGACAGACUGGAAGGCUGCCCAGAACAGGCAGGGAGGGAAGUGGGGGGGAGAGAGAGAGAACAGGAAAAGAGGGAUUGAGAAGGGAGGAUAAGGGAGAGAGGGGCUGGGAAGGAAAUAAUGGAUAAUUUACGACAGAAAGAAGAGAUUUUCACAUAAAGAAAGAUACAGGAAAGAAGGAAAGAUGAGGGUAUGGAUAAUGAAAGUGGGACACAAAGUCGGCACGAGAGUGAGAGAUAGCGAGAGAGAGAGAAAGAAAGAGAGAGAAGCCUCCCCGUUGGAUUUAGCAAUGGAAAUGGGGGGAAUGGGACAGGGGUGUUAUUGUCUUGCCUGUGAGACUGUGCCAUGUGCCCACAGGGUUAGGGAGGGCGGGGUGGCACUCUGUUUUAGGGACUUUAUUUUCGCCAUGACAACUUCCUGACUUUUUAAUUAUUUAUUUAUUUCACCUUUAUUUAACCAGGUAAGCCAGUUGAGAACAAGUUCUCAUUUACAGCUGCGACCUGGCCAAGAUAAAGCAAAGCAGUGCGAUAAAAACAACAACACAUAGUUACAUAUGGGGUAAACAAAACAUAAAGUCAAAAAUACAACAGAAAAUAUAUAUACAGUGUGUGCAAAUGUAGCAAGUUAUGGAGGUAAGGCAAUAAAUAGGCUAUAGUGCAAAAUAAUUACAAUUUAGUAUUAACACAGGAAUGAUAGAUGUGCAAGAGAUGAUGUGAAAAUAGAGAUACUGGGGUGCAAAUGAGCAAAAUAAAUAACAAUAUGGGGAUGAGGUAGUUGGGUGGGCUAAUUUCAGAUGGGCUGUGUACAGGUGCAGUGAUCGGUAAGGUGCUCUGACAACUGAUGCUUAAAGUUAGUGAGGGAGAUAAGAGUCUCCAGCUUCAGAGAUUAUAGCAGUUCGUUCCAAUCAUUGGCAGCAGAGAACUGGAAGGAAUGGCGGCCAAAGGAGGUGUUGGCUUUGGGGAUGACCAGUGAGAUAUAUCUGCAGGAGCGCAUACUACGGGUGGGUGUUGCUAUGGUGACCAACGAGCUAAGAUAAGGCGGGGAUUUGCCUAGCAGUGAUUUAUAGAUGACCUGGAGCCAGUGGGUUUGGCGACGAAUAUGUAGUGAGGACCAGGCAACAAGAGCGUACAGGUCACAGUGGUAGGUAGUAUAUGGGGCUUUGGUGACAAAACGGAUGGCACUGUGAUAGACUACAUCCAAUUUGCUGAGUAGAGUGUUGGAGGCUAUUUUGUAAAUGACAUCGCCAAAGUCAAGGAUCGGUAGGAUAGUCAGUUUUACGAGGGCAUGUUUGGCAGCAUGAGUGAAGGAGGCUUUGUUGCGAAAUAGGAAGCUGAUUCUAGAUUUAACUUUGGAUUGGAGAUGCUUAAUGUGAGUCUGGAAGGAUAGUUUACAGUCUAACCAGACACCUAGGUAUUUGUAGUUGUCCACAUACUCUAGGUCAGACCCGCCGAGAGUACUGAUUCUAGUCGGGUGGGCGGGUGCCAGCAGCGUUCGAUUGAAGAGCAUGCAUUUAGUUUUACUAGUGUUUAAGAGCAGUUGGAGGCUACGGAAGGAGUGUUGUAUGGCAUUGAAGCUCGUUUGGAGGUUUGUUAACACAGUGUCCAAUGAAGUGCUAGAUGUAUACAAAAUGGUGUCGUCUGCAUAGAGGUGGAUCUGAGAGUCACCAGCAGCAAGAGCGACAUCAUUGAGAUACACAGAGAGAAGAGUCGGCCCGAGAAUUGAACCCUGUGGCACACCCAUAGAGACUGCCAUAGGUCCAGUCAACAGCCACUCCGAUUUGACACAUUGAACUCUAUCUGAGAAGUAGUUGGUGAACCAGGCGAGGCAGUCAUUUGAGAAACCAAGGCUAUUUAGUCUGCCAAUAAGAAUGCUAGAGACGGCUGCACAGUACUGUCUACUAUCGAUCACGGUUAUAAUAUCGUUUAGGACCUUGAGCGUGGCUGAGGUGCACCCAUGACCAGCUCGGAAAAACCGGAUAGCAUAGUGUAGAAGGUACGGUGGGAUUCGAAAUGGUCUGUGAUCUGUUUGUUAACUUGGCUUUCAAACACUUUCGAAAGGCAGGGCAGGAUGGAUAUAGGUCUGUAACAGUUUGGCUCUAGAGUGUCACCGCCUUUGAAGAGGGGGAUGACCGCGGUGCUUUCCAAUCUCUGGGGAUGUCAGACGUUACAAAAGAGAGGUUGAACAGGCUAGUAAUAGGAGUUGCGACAAUUUCGGCUGUUAAUUUUAGAAAGAAAGGGUCCAGAUUGUCUAGCCCAGAUGAUUUGUAGGGGUCCAGAUUUUGCAGCUCUUUCAGAACAUCAGCUGUCUGAAUUUGUGUGGAGGAGAAGCGGGGUGGGGGGGCAAGUUUCAGCGGAGGGUGCAGAGUUGGUGGCCGGGGUAGUGGUAGCCAUGUGGAAAGCAUGGCCAGCCGUAGCAAAAUGCUUGUUGAAAUUCUCGAUUAUUGUAGAUUUAUCGGGGUGAUAGUGUUUCCUAGCCUCAGUGCAGUGGGCAGCUGGGAGGAGGUGCUCUUAUUCUCCAUGGACUUUACAGUGUCCCAAAACAUUUUGGAGUUAGUGCUACAGGAUGCACAUUUCUGUUUAAAAAAGCUAGCCUUUGCUUUCCUAACUGCUUGUGUAUAUUGGUUCCUAACUUCCCUGAAAAGUUGCAUAUCGCCGGGGCUAUUCGAUGCUAAUGCAGUACGCCACAGGAUGUUUUUGUGCUGGUCAAGGGCAGUCAAGUCUGAGGAGAACCAGGGGCUAUAUCUGUUCUUAGUUCUGAGUUCUUUGAAUGGGGCAUGCUUAUUUAAGAUUGAGAGGAAAGCACUUUUAAAGAACAUUGCCAAAGCAAGUGAAGUAGAUAGUAAACAAAAGUGAAAUAAACAAUACAUAUUAACAGUAAACAUUACACUCAGUAGUUCCAAAGGAAUAAAGACAAUUCAAAUGCCAUAUUAUGUAUACAUACAGUGUCGUAACAAUGUGCAAAUAGUUAAAGUACAAAUGGGAAAAUAAAUAAACAUAAAUAUGGGUGGUAUUUACAAUGGUGUUUGUUCUUCACUGGUUGCCCUUUUCUUGUGGCAACAGGUCACAAAUCUUGCUGCUGUGAUGGCACACUGUGGUAUUUCACCCAGUAGAUAUGGGAGUUUAUCAAAAUUGGGUUUGUUUUCAAAUUCUUUGUGGAUCUGUGUAAUCUGAUGGAAAUAUGUGUCUCUAAUAUGGUCAUACAUUUGGCAGGAGGUUAGGAAGUGCAGCUCAUUUUCCACCACAUUUUGUGGGCAGUGUGCACAUAGCCUGUCUUCUCUUCAGAGCCAGGUCUGCCUACGGCGGCCUUUCUCAAUAGCAAGGCUAUGCUCACUGAGUCUGUACAUAGUCAAAGCUUUCCUUAAGUUUGGGUCAGUCACAGUGGUCAAGUAUUCUGCCACUGUGUACUCUCUGUUUAGGGCCAAAUAGCAUUCUAGUUUGCUCUGUUUUUUUGUUAAUUCUUUCCAAUGUGUCAAGUAAUUCCAGACACGUAUAUAAGAAAACGACAUCUCCAAGAAACAAAUACAGAUCAAUACAAGAUGGUAUAUUAUCUCGCUCCAUUUGGCCAGAGAACCAGACACUAACACCAGUCUGUGGCCAUGUCCUAAGUCUGCCUGCUACUUCCUAAAAUGACAUACUAUGUACUAAUCGUACUACAUACUAUUUAGAACGUAUUGUUUAGUAAAAACGAAUGCAGUAAGCAACAAAUGUCAACAUACAGUCUCAUACAUAAUGAGAAUGCGUAAUCUAAUGUGCGUUGAUUCCCGCUAUUCGUUAUUUAUUUAUUUUUUACAGCUUGUCACCUCUGAUAAUCAGCUGUUGUCAAACAUGUGGGUCUGGAAAGACAAUUCCCUUCCUCAAUAAUGUGCAGCGAAUUCUACUAGCUGAAAAGCCGAAAUGAGUAUGACAUCCUGGUAUUUAAAGCAUACAAAAAAUAUAUAUAUUUAAUUUAAAACAAUAUAUUUUCGCUACCCAAAAUGCCUACUAUUUAGAAGGCAAGUACGGAUAUUCGGACACGGCCAAUGUGUAUGGACCAAAGACUACCAGAGAGCCUGUAUGUAUGGAUGUCAUAUAUCUCUGUAUCUCUUCCUUAUAUCACCCUCACACUGUUUCCUCAUCACAGCUACAUACUGGUCACUCCUCUCUCACUCUCACUCUCACUCUCACUCUCACUCUCACUCUCACGUUUCAGCUCAGAGGAGGAUGAGGAAACACUGUCAUGCUGUAGUGUGGUGUCUAAUGCACUGCAGGUCAUUUCAGUUCACUACUGGUUGCUCAGCAGUGGUUCCCUCCCAAACUCCCCUAACUCCUUUAAACAGAACUCAGGGGAGUAAAGGUAUGAUGAAAGCCUGAUUAGUUGGACCUCGGGCUCAAAAGUGUGAGCAUCCAUAUGCAGUCUUUGUAGAAUAUAGGUCUGUUUCGGGAGAGUUAAAAGUAGACAUGUAGAAAUGAAGGAGCUGGCAUCAAAAAAAAGUAUUCCUCCAAAUUAUUCUAAAACGUUGUAAUUAAAACUGCUGUAAAGUAUUUUUUUCUCUGGGCUAGCCUCCAAUGUGUCCCUGAGCUGAGGAGAGAGGUCCUCUCCUCUCCUCUCCUCUCCUCCCUCUCUCUGACCUGGUUUGGACUGGCCUUUGGACUGGCAUUGGCCUGGGUCUGAGUUGUGUGCAUAGGCUAGGACAACCCUGGGGAAGCUGGGAGUUGUGAAGAGAAGCAGGGAGAGGAGGGAAAUAGGAACGAGGGGGCGGAGGAGGGGGGAGUUUGGGGGAACGACCCUCUUACCCAGAUAUUGAUGAGAUUUUGGCUCCUGAGAAACCCCAGUAGACCUUGACAGAGGCACAGUUGAGCACCCAACCAAUAUCUACUUGUUUACUCUUCCCCUCUUGGUGUGACUCUUCACUCCUUUCCUCCCUCCCUUCCUCUUUCUCCCUAUCUCUUCUGAUUAUUUUCUCACUCUCCCUUUUAUUCAUAUUCUUACCCUCUCUUGUUCCCUAUGUACAGUACCUUUCUUUCAUGCUCUUUUCCCCCCUCUUUCUCCUUUCCUCCCUCCCCUGUUGGAGUUUAAUAAGAAACAUGUGUCUGAGAUCUAUGAAUGUUUGAUUGGGAGGGGAGUAUAGGCAUGAUGUCAUCCAUGGUGAGCUGCAGAGAGUCAGUGAGCCAUUAGUUUAAAACUCCCCUUACACAUUUCUAUAGAGGGGUGUAUGUGGAUGGGCAUUGGUUUGUUAAUUGAAAUUAUAAACUGGGUUGUUCGAGCCCUGAAUGCUGAUUGGCUGACAGCCGUGGUAUAUCAGAUCUGUUACCACGGGUAUGACAAAAUAUUUAUUUUUACUGCUCUAAUUACUUGGUAACCAGUUUAUAAUAGCAAUAAGGCACCUGUGGUAUAUGGCCAAUAUACCACGGCUAAGGGCUGUAUCCAGGCACUCCGCGUUGCAUCGUGCAUAAUAACAACUCUUAGCCGUGGUAUAUUGGCCAUAUACCACACACCCUCAUGCCUUAUUGCUUAAGUAUAGGAUGGAUUAGCACUAAUCUCACUGACCUUUUACUGUGGUUGCUGUUAGCAAUACUGUUGUUUAAAAGGUAGUUACAGAUUCUGUUGCAGGUGAAAAGAGAGGGAGCAGAGAAGGAGUGGGAGAUGGGUUUUAUCCUUGCUUUUAAUUGGCUAUCAAUGUUCUGUAUACUAAUGAGUGCAGUGGUGCAUCCUGGGAAGGGACUAAUGGGGGUUGUAAAGUAACCCCACAACAGAAAGCAUCAAUCCAGCUACUGACUCAGUGGAUAAUUACACACACACACAUGCAUAUAUACACACAAAGAGAAAGUAAACCAAUCGCAGAAGUAAUCUCACUAUGAAAUUAAAACCCCACUGUGAAGUGUGAGUGUACACUAAUUUAUUCUUACUAUGUUACCUCCCAUUCCAUACAGUGAGGGAAAAAAGUAUUUGAUCCCCUGCUGAUUUUGUACGUUUGCCCACUAACAAAGAAAUGAUCAGUCUAUAAUUUUAAUGGUAGGUUUAUUUGAACAGUGAGAGACAGAAUAACAACAAAGAAAUUCAGAAAUACGCAUGUCAAAAAUGUUAUAAAUUGAUUUUUCAUUUUAAUGAGGGAAAUAAGUAUUUGACCCCCUCUCAAUCAGAAAGAUUUCUGGCUCCCAGGUAUCUUUUAUACAGGUAACGAGCUGAGAUUAGGAGCACACUCUUAAAGGGAGUGCUCCUAAUCUCAGCUUGUUACCUGUAUAAAAGACACCUGUCCACAGAAGCAAUCAAUCAAUCAGAUUCCAAACUCUCCACCAUGGCCAAGACCAAAGAGCUCUCCAAGGAUGUCAGGGACAAGAUUGUAGACCUACACAAGGCUGGAAUGGGCUACAAGACCAUCGCCAAGCAGCUUGGUGAGAAGGUGACAACAGUUGGUGCGAUUAUUCGCAAAUGAAAGAAACACAAAAUUACUGUCAAUCACCCUCGGCCUGGUGCUCCAUGCAAGAUCUCACCUCGUGGAGUUGCAAUGAUCAUGAGAACGGUGAGGAAUCAGCCCAGAACUACACGGGAGGAUCUUGUCAAUGAUCUCAAGGCAGCUGGGACCAUAGUCACCAAGAAAACAAUUGGUAACACACUACGCCGUGAAGGACUGAAAUCCUGCAGCGCCCGCAAGGUCCCCCUGCUCAAGAAAGCACAUAUACAGGCCCGUCUGAAGUUUGCCAAUGAACAUCUGAAUGAUUCAGAGGAGAACUGGGUGAAAGUGUUGUGGUCAGAUGGGACCAAAAUCAAGCUCUUUGGCAUCAACUCAACUUGUCGUGUUUGGAGGAGGGGGAAUGCUGCCUAUGACCCCAAGAACACCAUCCCCACCGUCAAACAUGGAGGUGGAAACAUUAUGCUUUGGGGGUGUUUUUCUGCUAAGGGGACAGGACAACUUCACCGCAUCAAAGGGACGAUGGACGGGGCCAUGUACCGUCAAAUCUUGGGUGAGAACCUCCUUCCCUCAGCUAGGGCAUUGAAAAUGGGUCGUAGAUGGGUAUUCCAGCAUGACAAUGACCCAAAACACACGGUCAAGGCAACAAAGGAGUGGCUCAAGAAGAAGCACAUUAAGGUCCUGGAGUGGCCUAGCCAGUCUCCAGACCUUAAUCCCAUAGAAAGUCUGUGGAGGGAGCUGAAGGUUCGAGUUGCCAAACGUCAGGCUCGAAACCUUAAUGACUUGGAGAAGAUCUGCAAAGAGGAGUGGGACAAAAUCCCUCCUGAGAUGUGUGCAAACCUGGUGGCCAACUACAAGAAACGUCUGACCUCUGUGAUUGCCAACAAGGGUUUUGCCACCAAGUACUAAGUUAUGUUUUGCAGAGGGGUCAAAUACUUAUUUCCCUCAUUAAAAUGCAAAUCAAUUUAUAAUAUUUUUGACAUGCGUUUUUCUUAAUUUUGUUGUUGUUAUUCUGUCUCUCACUGUUCAAAUAAACCUACCAUUAAAAUUAUAGACUGAUCAUGUCUUUGUCAGUGGGCAAAUGUACAAAAUCAGCAGGGGAUCAAAUACUUUUUUCCCUCACUGUAUAUGGUGCUAUUAUGGUGCUACGUUAUACCAUACUUCCUGCUCUAAUGAUCUGUGUGUGUGCACACGUGCAGGCCGCCAGGGUUUCCGUUAGCCGGCAAUGGCUUUUUUUUAAAGCUGAUAAAUAGAACUGUUGCCUAGCCCAAAAAUGCCUGGGUGAAAAAUAAAUAUUUUUAUUCAUUGAUGUAAAUACCAGUCGAUGUAAAUACAUUUGACCAUCAUGCUUAUCGAUCUAUAGGGCCAUUUGCAUAAUUUAGUGGAAUAGAAUUGGCCUGUGUAUUUUUGUUAGUCAUCGUGUAUCAUUUAUCCAACACAACUAUCACACGGGUGCAGCAUACAGAGCCUAUUUUGAGCUGGAUUUAUCCUGCAGCUCCUCAGCUGGUUGGUGCUGGAGUAAAACAUGUGCAACAAUUCUGAAUGCAAUUGUGUUAAAAACAGUUUUGGUGCACGAUUAAAAAGAGCUAGCGUGGAACCCCGUAUUAUCGGCAUGUUCAACAGCGUUUAAGAAAUAUAUUACCUUCAACAGUGUUAUCUUGUGAUCAAGCCAUCAAAGUUUUGUGAUUAUUGGUGUCGUAAAAAUGUUAGCUAACGGGUUAGCAAUUAGCAUGUUUGACAUUUCAGUGGAAAUACUACUAUUAUCAGCUUUUUGAUAAGCGGUUUAGCAAAAGAAAUACGUCCCGUAUUAUCGGCAUACGGUCCCCAGUUAUCGGCCACCUUACUAUUUUGUUCAAUUACAAGAUAUAUCCAUUUAAUUUUGUUGAAAAAAGAGACACCAACCUCGUAUCCGAAAUGUUUAUUAGAUGGUUGACUAGUUGGCUAGCCUUCCGGUAAAAAAUUAUGACUUGCCUGUCAACUUUUCAUUGCAUAGCACGGUGCGCCCUCCUGUGGACUCUUAAGAAUUGGUUCUUCCCCAACAUAUUAUUCAGUGUUGUAACCAAAUAAUGUCUCAUCGUUUGUUUUACAGAUUAAUCUUAUGUUUUGAGAAAGUAGAUAACAGUUGAAUACUAAAAUAUUAGUAUUAAUAAUUUACAUAAAAUAAAACUUUAAUUUCAGUUAUGUGUAUUGACAUAAACAAUGAAAACACUGUUGAAGUUUGUGUUGCAGAGGUGCACUUGGAAAGUAAAGGAAGAAAUACACAAGAUGGGUUGUAUAAAUAUAUAUAUAUAUUAUAUUUUAGACAUUUAUUUUUUUGUACAAAUAAAUAAUUUCAUAUGAACACAAACAAACAAACAAACAAUGAAAUCUCGACCUCCAUCCCUAUAUUGUCACAAAAAUCACAAUAAAAAUCCAGCUCCACCGCUACCUCUGGAUCCCACUGCACACACCUGCAGUGGAACCAGUGCUGGCAGAAGUCACAGCACACCCAUGGCUCCUCGGAUCUACACUCCUGAGGGGAGCUUGCAGGCGGAUCAUGCUCCCCGCAGCGAGCACAGCAGGUGGUGUCUUCUUUUAUAAAAAAUAAAAUAAUAAUAAAAAUUGAUUAAUAUGGUUUUGCAAAAUAUAGAAGUUCUUCAACAACAAUAGUAAUUGAUACAACUGAGAGAGAGAGAAAAACAGAUUAUGAAGUACUUGAGAGUGGUGCCAUGGAUGGCGUGACCGGUGGAGCUUUUCUCUUCCUUUUCUGUGCUGCAGUUUGAGAAAAAGUAGUGUUAGACAGAGCAUGUUGCAUGAAAACCCUUUUCAACUUUUUUUACAUCAAUACCUCUGGAGGAAGCUGCAGAAGUUUUGGAGGAGGUGGAGAUGACUUGAGGGCUGGUGCUAUGGACUGUAGAUAUGUAAAGAGAGAUUAUUUUUUUUACAUUGCUGUUUUAUAAAACAGAUAACAGUCAUUUUUUCGUAAUUUAACAUGUGUUCACCUGUGGAGGUGGCGGAAUUCAAAUUGCAGGGGGCAGGGACACCAGACGAGGCUGCUAUGGUGGUGUGACCAGGGGAGACGGAGGAGGCAGUUGGUCCAGAGGAGGCCGUGUUGGUGGUGACAGACAGGGGGGGUGGUGUGCAUCGUGGUGGUGGACAAAACCGCCGACGAUGGCUUGGAGGAGCUGGUGUUUGUAAUGGUGGGGUUGUGGGGCCGACGAUGGUGUGGCCGGGAGAGUAGGCACGUGGCCUUCUUCUGCAGCUGGGGACUCCGGCGGCUCCUACAGGUGUUGCACACUGGGAGGCACUGGUAUUGGUGAUGCAGCUGUCAGGAGUGGUUCCAGCAGGUGGUCCAGCAGAGGCGAUGGCGUCAAUGGUCUCAUCCAUGGCAGCCCUCUCCUGUGCCCUCUGUGUUCUGAGGGCUGCCCGACGCUCUUUCUCCUCUGCCUCGGCCCUCUCCUUCUCACCCCUCUCCUGCCACUGGCGCGUGUAUUCCUCCCCGGUGAGGCAUGUGGUGACCACAGGGAGUCUUCUGUAUCGGUCCAGCCGAUACUUCAGGACAGUAAGGAUGUACCCCAGGUCCUUCGCUAUCAGCCCCCCCUCUAUUCAACAGGGGCUGGGACUGGAGCAGGGGCUGAGGGUCCUCCUGUGGUCACUGGGGAGGAGGUGCUGAUGGACGGCACAGUGCUGCUGGUUCCAGGAGAGGCGGUGGUGGGACCCGGUAGGGACCGAGACGGCAUUAAACGGGACCCUUCAAUGGCUGAAAGGUCAAAAGGGAAGAGGCCACACUUUUUAAACCCUUCCACCACAUAGCGCAUGUCCUUGCAUCGCUGGUACGGGUAGCGGAAUACUCUGGCAAAUUCUGAUUUGUUUACCAUUUAGGAGUGGGGGGAUCCCAGUGUGUAGUGGCCACCGGGGAAACACUUGGGGUAGAUGAUAAAUGGGGGGAUGUCCUCCCCAGCUGCGUUGAAGCAUGCCAGCACUGUGAUGUGCUCCUUGGGCCCCAGCACUUUGUGCCUGCUCUGGUCGCUAUGAAACCCAGACUCAUUGCAGUUAUAGAUUUGUCUGGGUUUCUCCCUCAACCCACUCUCCUCCAAGUGCUUCUCAUAAGAAGUGAAGAAGGUGUCCAUCGUCGGAUGUGUGGCACACUCAGCUCUCCCCCUGUCCAGGGUGUCCGGCCUCCUCAUGCUCAGGUUCUUGUGCCUCCUCCUGAACAUUUCCCACCACCUCUUCCCCAGUGGUGGGAUUGUUUCAUUUUAGUCAUUUAGCAGACGCUCUUAUCCAGAGCGACUUACAUUAUUGAGUGCAUACAUAACAUUUUUAAUUUUUUUUCAUACUGGCCCCCCCUGGGAAUCAAACUCACAACCCUGCCGUUGCAAACGCCAUGCUCUACCAAUGAGCUACAUCCCUGCCGGCCAUUCCCUCCCCUACCCUGGACAACGCUGUGCCAAUUGUGCGCCACCCCAUGGGUCUCCCGGUCACGGCCGGCUACGACAGAGCCUGGAUUCGAACCAGGAUCUCUAGUGGCACAGCUAGCACUGCGAUGCAGUGCCUUAGACCAAUGCGCCACUCGGGAGACGGGAGGUUUCCCCUGGGUGCCGAAACCUACAAUAGAAUAGAAUAUAUAAUAGUCCAUCAAGGAUGAAAAUGUUUGUUUUGGCAUCACCAUCCACAUCCACAUUUACGUCACACACAUUGAGAACAGUCAGUCCACCAAACUACAUACAUAAACACAUAAAACACCAAAUACCUGCGUAUUUUGUCGGCGUAUUUCAUCCUCUGGUGCAAGCAAUGUGGGUGGUCCACUGCGACAACCAUGGGUCACCCGGCCGCUCAGCCUGUCCGCCAGGGUCUGCCGAGGUACACCAUGCACCUUGGUAGAUAAGAAAAGAAAACUGUUACUAGCAGAUAAAAUUCACAUACACAUGGUAAUCUCCUAAAAACAAAAGAUGCCUAACCUUGGCAGCCUGGCGGAUAGCCACCCCUGCCCCGCAGUCCUCCAUGGCAUGGAACAUGUCCACCUCACUCCACUGCUUCCUCUUGACUUUCUCCAUACUGUGGUGUUAAUACAUGUAGCUAAAUAACUUUGCAUACUAUACACAUUUUAGAAAGAUAACUCAAUCUGAAUAUGUAUAAUCAUUUCCAUUUCAAAGCUAAGGCACUGAAAGGUGAUGAAAGUUUUCACAAUAACUGAAAGUGUACCCACGUUUCUUGUUUGAUGUUAUCUGUAAUGAAAAUUAGUGUCCCAAUUAGUUUAAUAUUGAUGCAUACAUUGUAACAUUUCACUAAAUACUACCUCUAUGUAGCUGUUGUAAGAUGAAACAUAGCCAACAGUGAUAGGUGUCAAAAAGUUCAUGGUUCCAAGUUCCAAAUUUUUUUUUGCAGAUUGUGCAAAACGCCUCUGUCAGAGGACUCCAAUUUUGAUACGGUAAAGCUUGACAACAUUCAGCUGUUUUGGUGAUAUGUAUUAUCUAACGCUAUACAAUUUCUUUCCUUUUUGCUUACUUAGCAGUUCUAUCAACAUUUAGCAACUAAGCUAGCAACAUUAGAAAAUCCGUUAGCUAUAUUUCAGAGGUAAAAAGUUGGAUAUUCAAUUAUGUGUGGUCUGUCGCGCAGUCAAAUUUUACAAUAUGCAGCGUGUUCCACAAAAUGUGUACAUAUAUAACUUUUGAAAACUCUCAAAAACUAACUUAACUUACAUAAAUUGCACUGAAAAUCAGUGGUCAGCUAGCGACUUACUGUUAUUUUCCAGUCCAUUUAAAUGUUGAGCUCGAGGUGAUUUAGUCCUCCAACCCCUAGAGAGUGUCCGAAGUUAGGGGGAAAAUUAGCUAGGCCGACUAUUUUUAUUUCUCAACUGGUAAUUGAAGCCUGGCUCUCAUUCACCAUUCAAGUGCCAGCAACAGGCUAUCAGCGCGUCACCCACCACUUUACAAUGUGAGCUGGAGGCAGCAUGCAUUUAGUAAACAUACUUAAUUGUUUGAAACCUGAAUGUUUUUUUCCAUAUAAUUUUUUUUAUAGCUUACUGUGAGGAACUAUAGUUUUAAUAUAUUAUAAUUCGCAAUGGAUGUUAAAAAACACUUUCCUACAUUUCCGAGCAGUAGGCCAAGUACUUCUAUGCUUACUCAAGUGCGCACUCCCUCAACAUUAUCAGGACAGAGAAACCAGACACAGUCUCAUUGCUCACAUGGAACAAUCCAAAUAAAAGACAAUGAAAAAAUGUCCAAAUCUUGUAAAUGAUGGUUAUUUAUUAAAUAAACCAAAACUUAGUGUAGUAGGUUGUGAAUUCUGCAAAAAAAAGUUUCCACUCUGAGAAUGAGAACGGUAAAUAUUAAUAUUAAUUAUUAAUGAAUACAUGCAUUCAUAUAAAUUAAUUUAACCAAAUGACGGGCAUUAAUGGUGCAUUUACUGUAAUGGGGAAUUUAUAACAAAUUCAAUAUUCAAAGGGCAAACAAUUCACACAAUUAAACAAUGUUCUGUGCUAGCAGUAACAUUACAGUCUUCCCAUCCUGUCCUCUGAGUCACAUUUAUGUUGUGCAAUGUGGCAGUAGUUCGCCUGUCUUUGGCAUAGGUUAAGUUAUCAGGCCUAGGCUUCUUCUUGGCAUCCCCUAAUCAGAUGUUAGCCGGCUCUUUGGAGGUCUGGGGUGUAGAUGUAGUUAUUUUGUCUUCAAUGCAUAUAGACCCUUUGUCUUCUGGACUGAAAGAAGAUAAAACAUAUUUGGUGAAAUAUUCAUUGAAUCAAGGAAAUGUCAAUGCCUUCCUUAAAAUAACAGUUUCCAUUGGAAUUUUGCCUUGAGUGAGCAAUAGUAAUAUAAUAUUUCACCCAAUAGCUGAGGGAGACUUACAUCAUUUGGAGUUCUGCAUGGCUAAUCUGUGGUGUAUAUAAUUCAAGACUUCCAGCAAUAAGGCCCCAGCCUUGUGCACCUGAGGAUAGAAGGCAAACACAAACAAAUACUUAGCUACUUGCAUAGCCAACAUGGGGAUGUGAUUCUGGAAUAAAUGAAAAAUAGAUUCAAAAUUGAAUCCCUUCUACAUUACUACAGAGAUCACCUCUUCACACAUCAACACUUGCUAUUCAUGGGUUGCACGUUUCAUCACAAUAAACAUUAUUUUGAAGACUGAUGCCCGACUGAACAUUCUAUUCAAAGCAGAUAUUUCAAAAGGAGGCAAAUAAUUAGUAUGAAAAUCUUUUGUCAUCACUGUGAUGUCGCCAGAUUGUCUGUAGAUGCAGUAUAACUUUAGCUAAAUAGCUACAUUGCAUGGGCCUAAAGGAGUGCUGACAAGUAUUUUUCUCCGCUCAUACAGGAGUAAUAAAGGCCUAUAUAUAUAUAUACACUACCGUUCAAAAGUUUGGGGUCACUUAGAAAUGUCCUUGUUUUCCAUGAAAACAUACAUGAAAUGAGUUUGAAUAUGAAAUAUAGCAAAAUGAAUAGGAAAUGUAGUCAUUGACAAGGUUAGAAAUAAUGAUUUUUAAUUGAAAUAAUAAUUGUGUCCUUCAAACUUUGCUUUCGUCAAAGAAUCCUCCAUUUGCAGAAAUUACAGCCUUGCAGACCUUUGGCAUUCUAGUUGUCAAUUUGUUGAGGUAAUCUGAAGAGAUUUCACCCCAUGCUUCCUGAAGCACCUCCCACAAGUUGGAUUGGCUUGAUGGGCACUUCUUACGUACCAUACGGUCAAGCUGCUCCCACAACAGCUCAAUAGGGUUGAGAUCCGGUGACUGUGCUGGCCUCUCCAUUACAGACAGAAUACCAGCUGACUGCUUCUUCCCUAAAUAGUUAUUGCAUAGUUUGGAGCUGUGCUUUGGGUCAUUGUCCUGUUGUAGGAGGAAAUUGGCUCCAAUCAAGCGCCGUCCACCGGGUAUGGCAUGGCGUUGCAAAAUGGAGUGAUAGCCUCUUUACCACCAUCAAAGCACCCCCAUACCAUCACAUUGCCUCCACCAUGCUUGACAGAUGGCAUCAAGCACUCCUCCAGCAUCUUUUCAUUUGGUCUGCGUCUCACAAAUGUUCUUCUUUGUGAUCCGAACACCUCAAACUUCGAUUCGUCUGUCCAUAACACUUUUUUCCAAUCUUCCUCUGUCCAGUGUCUGUGUUAUUUUGCCCAUCUUAAUCUAUUCUUUUUAUUGGCCAGUCUGAGAUAUGGCUUUUUCUUUGCAACUCUGCCUAGAAGGUCAACAUCCCGGAGUCGCCUCUUCACUGUUGACGUUGAGACUGGUGUUUUGUGGGUACUAUUUAAUGAAGCUGCCAGUUGAGGACCUGUGAGGCGUCUAUUUCUCAAACUAGACACUCAAAUGUAUUUGUCCUCUUGCUCAGUUGUGCACCGGGGCCUCCCACUCCUCUUUCUUUUCUGGUUAGAGCCAGUUUGCGCUGUUCUGUGAAGGGAGUAGUACACAGCGUUGUACGAGAUCUUCAGUUUCUUGGCAAUUUCUCGCAUGGAAUAGCCUUCAUUUCUCAGAACAAGAAUAGACUGACGAGUUUCAGAAGAAAGUUAUUUGUUUCUGGCCAUUUUGAGCCUGUAAUCGAACCCACAAUUGCUGAUGCUCCAGAUACUCAACUAGUCUCAAGAAGGCCAGUUUUAUUGCUUCUUUAAUCAGCACAACAGUUUUCAGCUGUGCUAACAUAAUUGCAAAAGGGUUUUAUAAUGAUCAAUUAGUCUUUUAAAAUGAUAAACUUGGAUUAGCAAACACAACGUGCCAUUGGAACCUCUGUACGCCUAUGUAGAUAUUCCAUAAAAAAUCUGCUGUUUCCAGCUACAAUAGCCAUUUACAACAUUAACAAUAUUUACAUUUACAUUUACGUCAUUUAGCAGACGCUCUUAUCCAGAGCGACUUACAAAUUGGUGCAUUCACCUUAUAGCCAGUGGGAUAACCACUUACUACACUGUAUUUCUGAUCAAUUUGAUGUUAUUGUAAUGGACAAAAAAAUUGCUUUUCUUUCGAAAACAAGGACAUUUCUAAGUGACCCCAAACUUUUGAACGGUAGUGUAUAUAUAUAUGUUUUUAAAAUACUGCUUGACUGAGGGACCUUACACAUAAUUGUACGUGUGGGAUACAAAGAUGAGGUAGUCAUUCUAAAAUCAGGAUAGGUAGGUGUGAGUCCAUGCAACUUAUUAUGUGACUUGUUAAGCAAAUAUUUAGUCCUGAAUUCAGUUAGGCUUGCCAUAACAAAGGGGUUGAAUACUUACUGACUCAAGACAUUUCAGCUUUUCAUUUGUAAUAAAUAUUGUUUUUAAAUGUCCACUUUGACAUUAUGGGGUAUUGUAUUUAUUGCUUUGAAAUGUAUUACAUGGCAUAUAGACUGACAGAGAAUGGUAGAGAAAAGCUGUGAAAUCUGAAUACACCUCCCCCACCUGGAGAGAGAGAGAGAGAGAGAGAGAGAGAGAGAGAGAGAGAGAGAGAGAGAGAGAGAGAGAGAGAGAGAGAGAGAGAGAGAGAGAGAAAUGAAUGAAGGAAGGGGUUAGCGAGAUUGUAGUGCCUCAAAAUGUUCAAAGGCUGAUCAAUACACAUUCACAAGCAAAUCAUUAAUCACACUCAGACAGCUCUGGUUUCUGAUUGGCUCAGUUGGGGUUUAUUAUUGGCCAAUCAUUAAUCACACCCAGACAGCUCUUGGCUGCUUUUGGCUCAGAUGGGACAGAUUGUGUUUUACCUUAUCGGUUUAAAUAAACAAAGGCCAUUACUUUACCCAAUAGUUUAAGAGCCUCAGUGUGUGUUAUGAGUGUAUAUCUAGUUGUGUAUAUGAGUGUAUAUCUUUCUGAUAUGACUGUAAUCCUAAGUGAUGCUCGACCUUCUCCCUGUCAAUGGGACAGUUGGACAUGCGUCUCUCUGAGCCUCGCAUCCCCUGUCACCAUAGAAACUCCCCAUUCGGAGCUGGUGGAACAAAAACUGCUCUCUCUUAGCUAAAUGUAAAGGUGGUUCUGCAGGCUAUAUUUGGAGAGGUGGAGCUGGAACUAGGCUAAACUAAGCAACAGCAGCACAUCCAUUACUCUGCUAGUGUUAUCAGAGAGAGAGAAUGCAGGUUUCAACAGGCUCCUCUCUCUGGUCUCUAGCCAUCUGUAGCUAACUAUCUGAAUGGACCACUACUCCACCAACCCCCAGGGAGGCCUUUGAAGAGGGAUUACAGUAUGACCUCAGCUGUGGUUUGUGUGGAAGGGAUGUGUGAGUGUGUUUUAGCUUUUCCACCAAACAGGGUUGUGUGUUAGUGUGUAUUUGUGUGUGUGUGUGUGUGUGUGUGUGUGUGUGUGUGUGUGUGUGUGUGUGUGUGUGUGUGUGUGUGUGUGUGUGUGUGUGUGUGUGUGUGUGUGUGUGUGUGUGUGUGUGUGUGUGUGUGUGUGUAUGUAUGUAUGCUUUUCCACCAAAUGAACAGACUGGUAGUCUCUCAGGUAAGGGUUAGUAGUUGGUACACUACAAUAGGCUGUAUAGCCCCCAUAUGACUUCCAUGUUAGCCUGUCAUUAGCUUCCUGAAAGCUGAUUGGACAGAUGGCAGGUCACAGGAGCCUUCAGGGAGUUCUCCCACAUUCCAUGACUCACACACCCACACAGGGGAGGGAGGAGAGCGAAGCGGAGGGGAGCCAAGCAGGGGAAGGAGGAGGGGGUAAAAAUGACAUAGACCAUGGGAACGGCCCAAAGGAAAACACAGCUCAGACUCCAGAUGUGGAUACACCCUGUUUUAAACACACACACACAGACAGUGAAAAUGUAGAGGGAGGGGGUAGUUGGGAGGGCUGUAAAGCUAUUCCCAGAGCUGUGCUUGGCAGCUGGUGAUUGGCUGGCCUGUUGCUCAUGUGAACUGGACUUGGCAAGUAUACUGCCCUUGUUUCAGGAGAGACAAAGGCACAGAAAGAGAGAAACAAUGGAAAGAAAGGGCAAGAGAAAUAUUUAAAAGUAUGAAGAGAAUGAACAAAACCGAAAAGACUGUUAGUGUGUGUUCUGUAUGAGGUCAUAUCUUUUCCACAGAAUACAUAUACAGUUAGUACUGUCCUACGAUUCACACACACACAGUUCUUAUAUCCUUGUGGGGACCUAAAAUGUAUUUACAUUAAAAAUCAUAUUGUCCCUAACGCCUAACCCUAACCCUAACCUUAACCCGUAACACAAAUUCAAACCUAAACCUAACUCCUAACCCUAAACCUAACCACUAACCCCUUACCCUAAUUAUAACCCUAAUUCUAACCCUAAACCUAACCCCUAAGCUUAAAAUAGCCUUUGUCCUCAUGGGGACGUGGGAAAUGUCCCCACGAGGGAGAAUUUUCCUUGUUUUACUACUGUGUCCUUGUGGGGACUUUUGGGGAUUUUAGGUCCCCACAAGGAUAGAAGAACCAACUCACACACACACACACACUUUUAAUGAUGCCAUCAAGAAUUGCCCCUAUCGACACAUUGUGUUGGCUAAAGUUUUUACUACAGGCCACUUCCUGUUUACACUGUGUCGUUUCUUGAGGUGAGCAUGACGUAGUGGGCAUGGUAACUAACAGCUGCCACAAACAGGAGUGAAUGUGAGAGACCUUCACUCAGGUAGAGAUAGAGAGAACCUGUCUGUGCUCCAUAGGAAGGGAACUGCCUUGGCCCCAUUUAAGGAAAAUUACCUGUUGUCAUGGCAAUGAGAUAGCCACAGUGUCUCCUGGGAGUUUGUAGCAGAAAUUGUGCCACUCUAGAACAGCAGUCAUCAGUGUGCAUGCAUGUAUAUUUGUUGCACCUGUUAGGCCAGUAAUACCACAUAUCAGUUCAAUUAGUACAGUAUUCUCACUAACGGGUGCAACAAAUAUAGCCCCUUACGAGGCACGCCUCGAAAUAUGUUAAUGAGCCAGCGAUUCUUUCCCCUCCCACAACAUUUUACCAUAAUGCACCAUAAUUCACAGUAGGCUGCUGUAAAUAUACAGCAAAAAAGGUAAUACAGUGCUUUACUGCAAAAUUGUACAGCAGUGUAGUGGAAUGCCGUUGAGCCCCCAUAAUGCAUUGCUCUUUACAGUACUGUACUUUAGAAUUACAGUAGAUAGCUGUACAAAUUUUGCUGUACAUUUACAAGCAAUUUGUUACGGUGUGUGUGUGCGUUUGCUGGAUGUUUUGUUGUGGUUCCUGAGGGGUUCUGAGUUAUGCUGUCUCUUUCAUGUGGUUGUGUCAGCGAAACUGAUACAGUGAGGGAAGGAAGUAUUUGAUCCCCUGCUGAUUUUGUACGUUUGCCCACUGACAAAGACAUGAUCAGUCUAUAAUUUUAAUGGUAGGUUUAUUUGAACAGUGAGAGACAGAAUAACAACAAAACGCAUGUCAAAAAUGUUAUAAAUUGAUUUGCAUUUUAAUGAGGGAAAUAAGUAUUUGACCCCUUUGCAAAACAUGACUUAGUACUUGGUGGCAAAACCCUUGUUGGCAAUCACAGAGGUCAGACGUUAUUUGAUCACCUACCAACCAGUAAGAAUUCCGGCUCUCACAGACCUGUUAGUUUUUCUUUAAGAAGCCCUCCUGUUCUCCACUCAUUACCUGUAUUAACUGCACCUGUUUGAACUCGUUACCUGUAUAAAAGACAACUGUCCACACACUCAAUCAAACAGACUCCAACCUCUCCACAAUGGCCAAGACCAGAGAGCUGUGUAAGGACAUCAGGGAUAAAAUUGUAGACCUGCACAAGGCUGGGAUGGGCUACAGGACAAUAGGCAAGCAGCUUGGUGAGAAGGCAACAACUGUUGGCGCAAUUAUUAGAAAAUGGAAGAAGUUCAAGAUGACGGUCAAUCACCCUCAGUCUGGGGCUCCAUGCAAGAUCUCACCUUGUGGGGCAUCAAUGAUCAUGAGGAAGGUGAGGGAUCAGCCCAGAACUACACGGCAGGACCUGGUCAAUGACCUGAAGAGAGCUGGGACCACAGUCUCAAAGAAAACCAUUAGUAACACACUACGCCGUCAUGGAUUAAAAUCCUGCAGCGCACGCAAGGUCCCCCUGCUCCAUCCAGUGCAUGUCCAGGCCCGUCUGAAGUUUGCCAAUGACCAUCUGGAUGAUCCAGAGGAGGAAUGGGAGAAGGUCAUGUGGUCUGAUGAGACAAAAAUAGAGCUUUUUGGUCUAAACUCCACUCGCCGUGUUUGGAGGAAGAAGAAGGAUGAGUACAACCCCAAGAACACCAUCCCAACUGUGAAGCAUGGAGAUGGAAACAUCAUUCUUUGGGGAUGCUUUUCUGCAAAGGAGACAGGACGACUGCACCGUAUUGAGGGGAGGAUGGGUGGGGCCAUGUAUCGCGAGAUCUUGGCCAACAACCUCCUUCCCUCAGUAAGAGCAUUGAAGAUGGGUCGUGGCUGGGUCUUCCAGCAUGACAAUGACCCAAAACACACAGCCAGGGCAACUUGGGAGUGGCUCCGUAAGAAGCAUCUCAAGGUCCUGGAGUGGCCUAGCCAGUCUCCAGACCUGAACCCAAUAGAAAAUCUUUGGAGGGAGCUGAAAGUCCGUAUUGCCCAGCGACAGCCCCAAAACCUGAAGGAUCUGGAGAAGGUCUGUAUGGAGGAGUGGGCCAAAAUCCCUGCUGCAGUGUGUGCUAACCUGGUCAAGACCUACAGGAAACGUAUUAUCUCUGUAAUUGAAAACAAAGGUUUCUGUACCAAAUAUUAAGUUCUGCUUUUCUGAUGUAUCAAAUACUUAUGUCAUGCAAUAAAAUGCUAAUUAAUUACUUAAAAAACAAACAAUGUGAUUUUCUGGAUUUUUGUUUUAGAUUCUGUCUCUCACAGUUGAAGUGUACCUAUGAUAAAAUUAAAGACCUCUACAUGCUUUGUAAGUAGGAAAACCUGCAAAAUCAGCAGUGUAUCAAAUACUUGUUCUCCCCACUGUAUGUGCUUUCUUGAGCAGGGGGACCUUGCGGGCGCUGCAGGAUUUCAGUCCUUCACGGCGUAGUGUGUUACCAAUUGUUUUCUUGGUGACUAUGGUCCAGCUGCCUUGAGAUCAUUGACAAGAUCCUCCCGUGUAGUUCUGGGCUGAUUCCUCACUGUUCUCAUGUUCAUUGCAACUCCACGAGGUGAGAUCUUGCAUGGAGCCCCAGGCCGAGGGAGAUUGACAGUUCUUUUGUGUUUCUUCCAUUUGCGAAUAAUCGCACCAACUGUUGUCACCUUCUCACCAAGCUGCUUGGCAAUGGUCUUGUAGCCCAUUCCAGGCUUGUGUAAGUCUACAAUCUUGUCCCUGACAUCCUUGGAGAGCUCUUUGGUCUUGGCCAUGUUUGAGAGUUUGGAAUCUGAUUGAUUGAUUGCUUCUGUGGACAGGUGUCUUUUAUACAGGUAACAAGCUGAGAUUAGGAGCACUCCCUUUAAGAGUGUGCUCCUAAUCUCAGCUCGUUACCUGUAUAAAAGACACCUGGGAGACAGAAAUCUUUCUGAUUGAGAGGGGGUCAAAUAUGUUUUUCUGGAUUUUGUUGUUGUUAUUCUGUCUCUCACUGUUCAAAUAAACCUACCAUUAAAAUUAUAGACUGAUCAUUUCUUUGUCAGUGGGCAAACGUACAAAAUCAGCAGGGGAUCAAAUACUUUUUUCCCUCACUGUAGUAUCCUGAUAGAGAGUGUGACUAAUUCUAUUCUGAAAAACACUGGCCAUUCUGAGAAUGGGGCAACAGUGCCUCCUUGUGUCUGAGAUAUGUAAAUGCUGUAUUUUCUCCUGUGUGUGUGUGUGUGUGUGUGCAUAAAUUACUAAAUACAACUGCAAAAUACCCUAAAGACCAAUGUAUCAAAAUAAAAUAUAAUAUACUUUUGCAAAGUAUUGUAUUGAAUUAAAUACAUGUAUUUUGUAUUUUAAAAUAUCAAAAUACAUUUGUAAGUUGCCGGCCGAACAGCAACAACAUUCUCAUUAACGGUUACAGAAACGUCUUACUUUCUAUGACUGUGAUAUGUUGUCACUCUGGAUAAGAGCAUCUGCUAAAUUACCAAAAUGUAUAUGUGAAAAUGAACCACUUCAAAGCACACUGGGUAUUGUCACUGGCCUUGUUUACGGGGUGGAGCUCAUUAGAGUAAUACGUUUACAUUUAGUUAGCUAUAAAGAAAUGGGAUAGAAAAGUAUUUUAUAUUUUGAAAAUACAAAUUACAGCUUUCAAAAGUAUCUUCUUGCAAAAUACAUUGGAGUGUAGUUCAGCCCAGUGUAAUACAACAUACAGAAUACUCAGAAGUAAUUCAAAUACAUGUAACAGAAAAACUCCCCAUCUGUGUGUGUGUUUGUGCUGACAGUGUGCUCACGUGUUUUCAGCACUAACAGUGUGUGUUUUCUCUUUCCUCAGGAGGUGCAGAGUAAGAGUAAGGUGUGUGCCAAUGUGUUUUGUGGCGCAGGAAGGGAGUGUGUCGUCACUGAGAAGGGAGAGCCCAGCUGCUUGUGUAUAGAGGUGAGUCGUUUGUGUGUGAGUGUGUGUAUUCCUACAUUAUCAGGACCACAAGUCACCAGAAUGUCUUGACAAGGAAGGAAAACAAGACAAUUUUGAAAAGUCAGGACCUUUUUCAUGUCCUGAAUUUGUAAAAAUUAUAUUUUAGGCGUAAGGGUUAGGUUUGGGGUUAGGUUUAGGGAAGGGGUUGUGCUUCUUCUUCUUUGACGUCCUUUACAGUGGUGCCUAGUGACUCAGAUCAACAGUUGCGCUCAGCUCAACGUUGGGGUCGCUGUUGAGUAAGUUUGAGGGGUGAAUGUAGCACAUGGGGAUAUGUGAAACUUUUUUCUUUAAGGGGUUAGAUCAGCUUUAAUAUUGCAGAUAGAUUGCGUCUUCUAUCAGUGUAAUUGUCUGCAUCUUCUCCAAUACCCCCAUAUAUUAUUUUAAAUAUAUAUUUUUUUUUUUCCUUUUCCUUUUUAUUUUUUCCCCCUAACCCUACCAUCCCUCCCCUAAUUGGAGUAAACUAAUGGACAACAAUACUUAGGCUUCCACUUCCAGCUUAUACAUACCACAUCAAUUUCACAGACAGUAUAUUUUACAUUAGUUAUCUUUUGUUUGUUUUUAGUCCCAGCCUUCAGCUACACUCAACCCCUCCCAUCUAUCUCUGAAGACCAUCUAGUUUUGAUUUCUAGUUGGCAAAUAUUGUUCUACUGUGCUGUGAUGUUUCACAAAAGUUCUGAACCUUUCUAUUCUCAUAGUUUCUACAGAUUGUAAAUGAAAGAUAAACACCUUUGCUGAGAGUAUUAUUAUAUUAUUGAUCGAUUGAAUAUUACUUUUCAAAUCACCCAGAAGUGCUAUUUACAGAGUUAGUUCUAAGUAAAUGUUGCAAUUUUUCAGCCAUUUCAUUCCAAAAACAAGCUACAUAUGGGCAGUACCAAAACAAGUGAUCUAGUAAUUAUGUCUCUUCGCAGCAAAAACUGCAGAGCUGGGAUGGUUGUAUCCCUCAUAUACAGUAUAUAACAUUAUGUUGGUUGAAAGAAUUGUGUAUAAUAUUUUAAAUUUAAAAACUCUUAAGUUUUGAAUCCGGCUUUGUUUUGUAAAUCAGUUUAUAAAUUAGUACAUUGAAAAUCUCCUCCCAAAUAUUUUGCAACCUGUAUGGCGCAUGGUCCUUAAAUGAAACUGGUACACUUUUUUACUUAUCACAAUUUUCUUUAGCCAAUUUUGGUCUUUAAUGCAGGGACAACAGACACUUUCCUUACCUUCUCCAUUUUCCACUUGCCUCCUCCAUUUUUGUGGUAAUGCUGCAAUCAGCUGGUUGUAAUUUGGGAUAUAGCAGACAUUUCCAUAUAUUUUUGUUAACUGCAUGUGUGACAUAACUCCACCAGUCCUAUUUAUUAUAUAAUUUACAAAGAUUAUACCGUUUUUAGUUUUUUAAAUGCAUCAAUUAGUAUAUUUGAGUUUACCAUAAUAUUAGUAUUUUCUGGUGGAUUAAACUGAAAUUGCAACCAGCUUUCUAUUGCUUGUUUUAAAAAUAGCGAUAUUCUGGAGAUUAUUUCAUUUUCAAGUGAGAGGUUGUAAUCUGAAUGAAGGGGAAAAGGCCAUUCUUGAACACAGGAUGAGCCAUUUUUACUAAUCUACUAGAGAACCAGUUCAGAUUUAAGUAUAUUUUUUGUGUGAUUUUUUUUUGUGUGAUUUUAGUGAGAGGUCCAAUGCUUUAAUAUCUAAUAAUUUCUGCCCCCCGAAUUCAUAUUAAUUAUAGAAAUAGGCCCAUUUAAUUUGUCUCGCUUGCCGUUCCAAAUACAGUGGGGAGAAAAAAUUAUUUAGUUAGCCACCAAUUGUGCAAGUUCUCCCACUUAAAAAGAUGAGAGAGGCCUGUAAUUUUCAUCAUAGGUACACAUCAACUAUGACAGCCAAAAUGAGGAAAAAAAUCCAGAAAAUCACAUUGUAGGUUUUUAAUGAAUUUAUUUGCAAAUUAUGGUGGAAAAUAAGUAUUUGGUCAAUAACAAAAGUUUCUCAAUAAUUUGUUAUAUACUCUUUGUUGGCAAUGACACAGGUCAAACGUUUCCUGUAAGUCUUCACAAGGUUUUCACACACUGUUGCUGGUAUUUUGGCCCAUUCCUCCAUGCAGAUCUCCUCUAGAGCAGUGAUGUUUUGGAGCUGUCGCUGGGCAACACGGACUUUCAACACCCUCCAAAGAUUUUCUAUGGGGUUGAGAUCUGGAGACUGGCUAGGCCACUCCAGGACCUUGAAAUGCUUCUUACGAAGCCACUCCUUCAUUGCCCGGGCGGUGUGUUUGGGAUCAUUGUCAUGCUGAAAGACCCAGCCACGUUUCAUCUUCAAUGCCCUUGCUGAUGGAAGGAGGUUUUCACUCAAAAUCUCACGAUACAUGGCCCCAUUCAUUCUUUCCUUUACACGGAUCAGUCGUCCUGGUCCCUUUGCAGAAAAACAGCCCCAAAGCAUGAUGUUUCCACCCCCAUGCUUCACAGUAGGUAUGGUGUUCUUUGGAUGCAACUCAGCAUUCUUUGUCCUCCAAAAACGACGAAUUGAGUUUUUACCAAAAAGUUCUAUUUUGGUUUCAUCUGACCAUAUGACAUUCUCCCAAUCCUCUUCUGGAUCAUCCAAAUGCACUCUAGCAAACUUCAGACGGGCCUGGACAUGUACUGGCUUAAGCAGGGGGACACGUCUGGCACUGCAGGAUUUGAGUCCCUGGUGGCGUAGUGUGUUACUGAUGGUAGGCUUUGUUACUUUGGUCCCAGCUCUCUGCAGGUCAUUCACUAGGUCCCCCCGUGUGGUUCUGGGAUUUUUGCUCACCGUUCUUGUGAUCAUUUUGACCCCACGGGGUGAGAUCUUGCGUGGAGCCCCAGAUCGAGGGAGAUUAUCAGUGGUCUUGUAUGUCUUCCAUUUCCUAAUAAUUGCUCCCACAGUUGAUUUCUUCAAACCAAGCUGCUUACCUAUUGCAGAUUCAGUCUUCCCAGCCUGGUGCAGGUCUACAAUUUUGUUUCUGGUGUCCUUUGACAGCUCUUUGGUCUUGGCCAUAGUGGAGUUUGGAGUGUGACUGUUUGAGGUUGUGGACAGGUGUCUUUUAUACUGAUAACAAGUUCAAACAGGUGCCAUUAAUACAGGUAACGAGUGGAGGACAGAGGAGCCUCUUAAAGAAGAAGUUACAGGUCUGUGAGAGCCAGAAAUCUUGCUUGUUUGUAGGUGACCAAAUGCUUAUUUUCCACCAUAAUUUGCAAAUAAAUUCAUGAAAAAUCAUACAAUGUGAUUUUCUGGAGAAAAAAAUUCUCAAUUUGUUUGUCAUAGUUGACGUGUACGUAUGAUGAAAAUUACAGGCCUCUCUCAUCUUUUUAAGUGGGAGAACUUGCACAAUUGGUGGCUGACUAAAUACUUUUUUUCCCCACUGUAAAGUAAAAUAUUUUUUGCUCAUAUAUUUUUAAAUGCAAUUCGUUAGGUGUAGGCAUGGCCAUAAGUAUAUAGGCAAACUGAGAUAUGACUAAUUAAUUAAUCAGGGUGAUUUUUCAGAAAUAGACAGGUGUUGUCCUUUCCAUGGUAGCAAAAUCUAAUCUAAAUUGGCUAACUUUCUAUUAAAAUGUAUUGUAGUGAGAUCAUUUAUUUAUUUCAGGAUAUGAAUACCGAGUAUGUCCACUUCACCGUCGGACCAUUUUAUUGGUAAACUACACGGUAAUGUAAAAGUAGUAUUUGUUAGAGAUCCAAUACGUAAUAUGGUGCAUUUAUCAUCAUUUGGUUUUAAUCCAGAGAGGUUAGAAAAAUUAUCCACAGUGCCUUGCAAAAGUAUUCAUCCCCCUUGGCGUUUUUCCUAUUUUGUUGCAUUACAACCUGUAAUUUAAAUUGAUUUUUAUUUGGAUUUCAUGUAAUGGACAUACACAAAAUAGUCCAAAUUGGUGAAGUGAAAUUAAAAAAAUUAACUUGUUUAAAAAAAUUCAAAAAAAUAAAUAACGGUAAAUUGGUGUGUACAUAUGUAUUCACCCCCUUUGCUAUGAAACCCCUAAAUAAGAUCUGGUGCAACCAAUUACCUUCAGAAUUCCCAUAAUUAGUUAAAUAAAGUCCACCUGUGUCACAUGAUCUGUCACAUGAUCUCAGUAUAUAUACACCUGUUCUGAAAGGCCCCAGAGUCUGCAACACCACUAAACAAGGGGCACCACCAAGCAAGCGGCACCAUGAAGACCAAGGAGCUCUCCAAACAGGUCAGGGACAAAGUUGUGGAGAAGUACAGAUCAGGGUUGGGUUAUAAAAAAAUAUCAGAAAUUUUGAACAUCCCACGGAGCACCAUUAAAUCCAUUAUUAAAAAAUGGAAAGAAUAUGGCACCACAACAAACCUGCCAAGAGAGGGCCGCCCACCAGAACACACGGACCAGGCAAGGAGGGCAUUAAUCAGAGGCAACAAAGAGACCAAAGAUAACCCUGAAGGAGCUGCAAAGCUCCACAGCGGAGAUUGGCGUAUCUGUCCAUAGGACCACUUUAAGCCGUACACUCCACAGAGCUGGGCUUUACUGAAGAGUGGCCAGAAAAAAGCCAUUGCUUAAAGAAAGAAAUAAGCAAACACGUUUGGUGUUCGCCAAAAGGCAUGUGGGAGACUCUCCAAACAUAUGGAAGGUACUCUGGUCAGAUUAGACUAAAAUUGAGCUUUUUGGUCAUCAAGGAAAACACUAUGUCUGGCGUAAACCCAACACCUCUCGUCACCCCGAGAACACCAUCCCCACAGUGAAGCAUGGUGGUGGCAGCAUCAUACUGCUAAAGCAACACUUGAGUGGUUUAAGGGGAAACAUUUAAAUGUCUUGGAAUGGCCUAGUCAAAGCCCAGACCUCAAUCCAAUUGAGAAUCUGUGGUAUGACUUAAAGAUUGCUGUACACCAGCGGAACCCAUCCAACUUGAAGGAGCUGGAGCAGUUUUGCCUUGAAGAAUGGGCAAAAAUCCCAGUGGCUAGAUGUGCCAAGCUUAUAGAGACAUUCCCCAAGAGACUUGCAGCUGUAAAAUAGUUAUGCACACUCAAGUUUUCUGUUUUUCUGUCUUAUUUCUUGUUUGUUUCACAAUAAAUAAUAUUUUACAUCUUCAAAGUGGUAGGCAUGUUGUGUAAAUCAAAUGAUACAAACCCCCCCAAAAUCAAUUUGAAUUCCAUGUUGUAAGGCAACAAGAUAGGAAAAAUGCCAAGGGGGGGUGAAUACUUUCGCAAGCCACUGUAGAUCUUCUAUGAGGCUGUGCAGGGAUCACAUUGCGGAUUUAAAAGAAAACAUGAAUCAUCAGCAUACAAUGACACCUUUUUUUUUAAAGCUGUGGAUUUCUAGCCUUUUGAUAUUAUUGUUGGAUCUGAUUUUAAUAGCUAACAUUUCGAUGGCCAUAAUAAAUAGAUAUGCCGAUAGUGGACAACCUUGUUUUACUCCUUUUGACAAUGUAAUACUUUCUGAGAAGUAGCCAUUAUUUACAAUUUUACACCUGGGGUUACUAUACAUAACUUUACCCCUUUGUAUAAGAUAUUCUCCAAAAUUAAAAUAGUCCAGGCAUUUAUAUAUAAAUUCCAGUCGUACUUUAUCAAAAGCCUUUUUAAAGUCAGCUAUGAAUACCAGGCCUGGUUUCCCAGAUGUUUCAUAGUGUUCUAUUGUUUCCAGUACUUGUCUUAUUAUAAUCUCCAAUGUAUUAUCCAUGUAAAAAAACCUGUCUGAUUAGGAUGAAUAAUAUCCGACAAUACCGUUUUAAUUCUAUGCACUAUGCAUUUUGCUAUGAUUUUGGCAUCACAACACUGAAUCCAGUAUUUUAGGUGGACUGGAUCUUUAUAUUUACCACCUGGGUCCUGUUUCAGUAAUAGUGAAAUCAGAUCAUCUUGCUGAGUAUCUGAUAGUCUACCGUUUUUAUAGGAUUGGUUAAAACAUGUUAAUAACGGACCUUUGAGUACAUCAAAAACUAUUUUAUAUACCUCAACUGGUAUGCCAUCCAGCCCUGGAGUUUUCCUGGACUUGAAGGCUUUAAUUGCAUCUAGAAGUUCCUCCUCUGUAACUAGGCCUUCACAUGAGUCUUUCUGUAUAGCUGUUAAUUUUACACUAUUAAUAGAACAAAAAUCCUUACAAUUAACUUCUGUUAGUGGAAGUGGAGGAGACUGAAAUGAAAACAUAUGGUUAAAGUACUUUGCUUCUUCUUUACAAAUAUCGUUUGGUGAGUCAUGGAUGACUCCAUCAUUUGUAGCAAGUUUCUGUAAAUUCUUUUUGGUAGCAUUUCUAAUAUGUUGACAAUGUUUUCAUGUUGCACACCUUUUAGUUUUUUCAUUAAAUGCUUUUCAUAUCUAUAUACGAAUUUCUAAAAUUUCAUAGUUGGUUUGAGGUUUUUAAGUCAUUUGAAUUUGGAGCUACUGGAAUUUUAACAUAUUGUCCCAUGUACAUUGUGUAAUAUACCGAUGGUUCCUAACUAGCCCCAGGGGCAGGGAUGGGCAAAAAUUACAAAAUACAAUUACAAAAUACAGAUACAAAAUACCAUAAAGAUCAAUGUAGCAAAAUAAACUACAAAAUACUUGUAUUUUGAAAUGUAUUUAAUUAAAAUUAAAAUAAACAUCGUUUUUAUUUUAAAAUACAAAAACACAUUUGCAAGUAGCCGGCCCGAACGUCAACAACAUUCUCAGUAAUGGUUACAAAAACGUUUUUCUUGCUAUGACUGUGAUAUGUUGUUGUUUAUCUACCUUAGUUGAGCACGUCACUCUGGAUAAGAGUGUCUGCUAAAUUACCAAAAUGUUAAUGUAUAUGUGAAAAUGAACAUUAUUAUUAUUGGCCCUGUUUCAGUGCAUAGAUCAUUAGAAUAAUACUCAGCAUGCUUUGCAAUUGUUCAUUUUUACAUUUACAUUUUAGUCAUUUAGCAGACGCUCUUAUCCAGAGCGACUUACAAUUAGUGCAUUCAUCUUAAGAUAGCUAGGUGAGACAACAUAUCACAAUUGUAUCAAGUACAUUUUCCCUCAACAAAGUAUUUAUCAACAUUUUUACAUUUUAGUCAUUUAGCAGACGCUCUUAUCCAGAGCAAUUUACAGUUAGUGAGUGCAUACAUUUUUCAUACUGGCCCCCCGUGGGAAUCAAACCCACAACCCUGGCGUUGCAAGCGCCAUACUCUACCAACUGAGCUACAGGAGUAUUUUUACAUAUACAUUUAUAUUUAGUUCAUUUAGCAGACGCUCUUAUCACACCAUAGUGCUAUCAGACUUCUGAUACCAAUGUAGGGUGAAAGCGGAGCCACAAAAUGUGAACCCCUAUAAACAAUGGAAUACGUAUUUUAAAUACAUGUAACAGAAAUACUGCCCAUCUCUGCCCAUAGGGAUAUCCAAAGUCUACCCAAAUUUACCAGAGGCAUUACGAUCAGGUCACAUACAGCUGCACUCCGACUUGAUGAUUACUUGUGUGCUGCCAGUUUUGAGCAUGUGGGCAGGAUUGAAACAAACUCAGUUUUGGACGAGACUGACUUUAUAACCAUAAUUAUAAUUAUCCUAUUUACACUUUGUAAUCAAUUUUGACAGUAGAAUAAAUGUUUCGUAGUUAUAUCGAUGCCACAUUUCUAAAUGAGAAGUUGGUUUUGAGGGGCAGUUGCUUUGUAGCCCUUUCCUGCAGUCAAUGACCAAAAGCGUCUUCUUUUGCCUCAUGGGUGGAAUGUUAUUAAUACUUUUCAUAAUUUCAUCAUUAAUAACGUUUUAUAUAUUUAUUUUUACAAAAAAACCUACUUUUUUUACGACUGUCAAACAGUUUUGUUAUAUUUUAGUCUUCUGUGAUGUAUAUAAAGUGUAAUAUUAGGAUGCAAUCUCAAAAUUGAAUACAUUUCAACUCUAUAUCUGACAUGGUACAGGUGUCCUCUUUUUCUUAAGCCCAUAACCAUGUGUGAGGUGUAUACUUUUGUUUCAAAGUAGAUUUGUUUAAGACUACCAAGAAUCACUCUGUGUGACCCUGAUUUAGCCCACUGCAGUAAAAGGUGGUUAAGGAUAGAGUGUCACUAGCUAGGUUUCCAUCCAAUUGGCAACAGAUUUUCAUGCAAAUAUUCAAAAUACUGCAUAUAGAAAACAUCCGCAUUUUCCCACCAGUGGAUAGUGCACACAAAAUCUACUUUUUUGCUUACAUUUUCAUAUACUGAAUACAAAUCUAAUGUUCAAUGUAUUGCCAUCUAAUGUUCAACUCUACUGAUAGUUUUGUCACAAAAACUGUUGCGUUAAAUAGUAAAUGUGCCUACUCUGGUUUUGGCUCCUGUGCUCUAGCCAACAGUGUGGGUAGGCUCUGUGGGUAGGCUAUUCUACAUGAUGAGAUUAUGGAUAAGAGUGAAAAUGUUUUUAUUUGUCAAAACCGCAGUCAAGCAUCGGUCAUCAUGUCACCAGAAUAAGACCCUCGACAUUUAUUGGAAAGGAGCAUCAAGAUCAUCACCUUGCACUUUCACCACCGUGUGAAGUUCAUCAUAACUUAUUUCAUUUGUAGCCUAAUUUAAACUGCAUUGUUUCCCGAGUCGUAGUGGGAGGACCACACGUGUCAUCGCGUGACUCCAAUUUUACUUCGAUAUAAUGGUUAUUUUAUCAAUAUUUACACAUAAAGGUGUUUCCAUUGCCAUUUCUCGCAUAAUACAUUUUACAGACACAAAAAGAUCCCACCAUGUCGAACAAUCAAAUUAUCUGUCUGCAUUGAUAAAAUUGUACCUUAACUUCCUGUUUCCAUCACAGCUGUCAUGAUUUUUUUUUAUAUGGUACGACUUUACUCGCUUAAAAACUGGAUGGAAACAAUGUUAGUGUGACCUUUAAAGGGGCAAUCAGCAGUUGCUUCAUCAAUUUUUUGACUUAUAAAGGAAUGAUAUGUACCCAUUGAUUCUUGAAGAAUACAACUUAUAAAUGCCUCAUGAGCUUAUUUCAACUGUCAUACAUCAUCAGAACCCAAAAUAUACAUUUUACUCCAAUGUUUGUAAACAAAGUAAAUGUAAACAAACACUAUAUAGCCCCAAACAUGGUUAAAACUAUAAUUUUUAUAUCAUGGAUGCUCAGUCCUUGCAUCCGUAGCGCUGUCUAUGAAUUUCAGAGUGGUACUUUUCUCCAGCCCCAUCACUCAGCUUUUAACGGAAACAAACAGAGGGUACUUUGUUAUUGUUUCUACUGCUGAUUUCUGCUUUUAGAGAGUCAAGGUCAAGUGUAUAUUUACAUGGCUAAAAUGUCUCUCCCUCUCCCUCUCCCUCUCCCUCUCCCUCUCCCUCUCCCUCUCCCUCUCCCUCUCCCUCUCCCUCUCCCUCUCCCUCUCCAGAGCUGUAAGCCCCACAAGCGUUCAGUGUGUGGCAGUAACAGUAAGACGUACCGCAACCACUGUGAGCUCCACCGAGAUGCCUGUCUCACCGGCCUCAAGAUCCAGGUGGCCCACGACGGACACUGCCAGGGUGGGGAGAACACACACACACACACACUUUCUUGUUUACUUUGUGUGUGUAUAGCAGACCUGGGCAGAAAAUAGUUGUAUUUUGUAGUUUAUUUGAAAAUACCAACUUUUCAAAUACUCGAGGUAGUCCAAUAUAGAGAAUCCACUAAAGGCAACUAUUGGCAACUACACAGAACAAAAGUAUAAAUGCAACACAAUGCCACAGAUGUCUCAGGUUUUGAGGGAGUGUGCAAUUGGCAUGCUGACUGCAGCAAUGUCCACCAGAGCUGUUACCAGAGAAUUUAAUGUUAAUUACUCUACCAUAAGCCACAUCCAACGUCGUUUUAGAGAAUUUGGCAGUACGUCCAACCAGCCUCACAACCGCAGACAACGUGUCACAACCGAAGGAUUUCUGCACAAACUGUCAGAAACUGUCUCAGGGAAUCUCAUCUGCGUGCUCGUCGUCCUCACCAGGGUCUAGACCUGACUGCAGUUCGGCGUCGUAACCCACUUCAGUGGGCAAAUGCUCACCUUUGAUGGCCACUGGCACGCUGGAGAAGUCUGCUCUUCACGGAUGAAAUUCAACUGUACCGGGCAGAUGGCGUCGUGGGCGAUCGGUUUGCUUAUGUUAACGUUGUGAACAGAGUGGUAUGGGCAGGCAUAAGCUACAGACAACGAACACAAUUGCAUUUUAUCGAUUGCAAUUUGAAUGCACAGAGAUACUGUGACGAGAUCCUGAGGCCCAUUGUCAUGCCAUUCAUCCGCCGCCAUCACCUCAUGUUUCAGCAUGAUAAUGCACGGCUCCAUGUCGCAAGGAUCUGUACACAAUUCCUGGAAGCUGAAAAUGUCCCAGUUCUUCCAUGGCCUGCAUACUCACCAGACAUGUCACCCAUUGCGCAUGUUUGGGAUGCUAGAUAGACGUGUGUGACGGCAUGUUCCAGUUCCCGCCAAUAUCCAGCAACUUCGCACAGCCAUUGAAGAGGAGUGGGACAACAUUCCACAAGCCACAAUCAACAGCCUGAUCAACUCAAUGCGAAGGAGAUGUGUCGCGCUGCAUGAGGCAAAUGGUGGUCACACCAGAUACUGACUGUUUUUCUGAUCCACUCCCCUAACUUUUUUUUAAGGUGUCUGCGACCAACAUAUUCAUAUCUGUAUUCUCAAUCAUGUGAAAUCCAUAGAUUAGGGCCUAAUUAAUUUAUUUUAAUUGACUGAUUGCCUUAUAUGAACAGUAACUCAAUAAAAACGUUGAAAUUGUUGCAUGUUGCAUUUAUAUUUUUGUUCAGUGUAUUUCCUUUAAUAUUCAAAUACAGGUCUCAGAGAAACUAAUAAUAUUUGAAAAUAUUUUGAAUACCUCUCAGAAAAACAAAUAAUAUUUGGAGGUACUUGAAUAUAUGCAAGUUAUUUGAAAACAAAAAUAUAUAUUUAUUUGAUGGCUGCCAAAUAUUUCAUUGGCCUAAUGAAAUACUGUAUGUAUGGUAUUUUGUUAAUAAUUUAAAAAUAUAAUGAUAACAUAUUUACAGUGAGGGAAAAAAGUAUUUGAUCCCCUGCUGAUUUUGUAUGUUUGCCCACUGACAAAGAAAUGAUCAGUCUAUAAUUUUAAUGGUAGGUGUAUUUGAACAGUGAGAGACAGAAUAACAACAACAAAAUCCAGAAAAAUGCAUGUAAAAAAUGUUAUAAAUUGAUUUGCAUUUUAAUGAGGGAAAUAAGUAUUUGACCCCCUCUCAAUCAGAAAGAUUUCUGGCUCCCAGGUGUCUUUUAUACAGGUAACGAGCUGAGAUUAGGAGCACACUCUUAAUCUUAGCUUGUUACCUGUAUAAAAGACACCUGUCCACAGAAGCAAUCAAUCAAUCAGAUUCCAAACUCUCCACCAUGGCCAAGACCAAAGAUCUCUCCAAGGAUGUCAGGGACAAGAUUGUAGACCUACACAAGGCUGAAAUGGGCUACAACACCAUCGCCAAGCAGCUUGGUGAGAAGGUGACAACAGUUGGUGCGAUUAUUCGCAAAUGGACGAAACACAAAAUAAUCUCCCUCGGCCUGGGGCUCCAUGCAAGAUCUCACCUCGUGGAGUUGAAAUGAUCAUGAAAAACGGUGAGGAAUCAGCCCAGAACUACACAGGAGGAUCUUGUCAAUGAUCUCAAGGCAGCUGGGACCAUAGUCACCAAGAAAACAAUUGGUAACACUCUACGCCGUGAAGGACUGAAAUCCUGCAGCGCCCGCAAGGUCCCCCUGCUCAAGAAAGCACAUAUAAAGGCCCGUUUGAAGAUUGCCAAUGAACAUCUGAAUGAUUCAGAGGAGAACUGGGUGAAAGUGUUGUGGUCAGAUGAGACCAAAAUCGAGAUCUUUGGCAACAACUCAACUCGCCGUGUUUGGAGGAGGAGGAGGAGUGCUGCCUAUGACCCCAAGAACACCAUCCCCACCGUCAAACAUGGAGGUGGAAACAUUAUGCUUUGGGGGUGAUUUUCUGCUAAGGGGACAGGACAACUUCACCGCAUCAAAGGGACGAUGGAUGGGGCCAUGUACCGUCAAAUCUUGGGUGAGAACCUCCUGGAUGGGUAUUCCAGCAUGACAAUGACCCAAAACACACAGCCAAGGCAACAAAGGAGUGGCUCAAGAAGAAGGACAUUAAGGUCCUGGAGUGGCCUAGCCAGUCUCCAGACCUUAAUCCCAUAGAAAAUCUGUGGCGGGAGCUGAAGGUUCGAGUUGCCAAAUGUCAGCCUCAAACCCUUAAUGACUUGGAGAAGAUCUGCAAAGAGGAGUGGGACAAAAUCCCUCCUGAGAUGUGUGCAAACCUGGUGGCCAACUACAAGAAACGUCUGACCUCUGUGAUUGCCAACAAGGGUUUUGCCACCAAGUACUAAGUCAUGUUUUGCAGAGGGGUCAAAUACUUAUUUCCCUCAUUAAAAUGGAAAUAAAUUUAUAAGAUUUUUGACAUGCAUUUUUCUGGAUCUUUUUGUUGUUAUUCUGUCCUCACUGUUCAAAUAAACCUACCAUUAAAAUUAUAGACUGAUCAUGUCUUUGUCAGUGGGCAAACGUACAAAAUCAGCAGGGGAUCAAAUACUUUUUUCCCUCACUGUACUUAGGAUCUCACUUGGUGGAGUCCAUAGGACCAAAAAUGGAUGAAUGCAACAGCCUCUGUCCUUAACAAAUACAGUAAUGGGUGGUAACUCAAUUUACUCGAAAGGCACUCUGGGAAAUAUUGGAAUAAGGCUUUACACUAACCAGUUUGUUAAUUUAACACUGUUCCAGUGUCUAUAUGGGUCCAAAGACUCAACGCUGUCAGUGUAUUUUCUUUUUAUUUAUUUUUUUAACAAUUACACUGUUGAAUUUGCUGUGCAGUAUAUUGUCACAAUGUAUUUAUACUUAUCUGUACACAAUAUCAUUGGUUGAUUGGUUUUACUUGAUUAUCUACACCUGGGGCCUGUUCAGGAGAAUGGAAAUGUACAGAUUGUUCAGAUAUAAAUGUAUUUUGUAGAACAAAUAUGUUCUACUGUCAAAUUGGAAUAGUAUAGGACAUUGUGUGUGCUCUUUUUCAUUAUAUUUCUAUCUGCAACAUGCAGUUCCAGAUACAGCCCUGUCAUUAGUUGAAGGCAGCAAAUCCAAUAGUUUCUGAAAAGUAUUCACUUCCUGAGAUCUGUAUUCAAAUAUGUUGUUAAUGUAGUUGCUUUCUGAGAUCUGUAUUCAAAUAUAUAUAUAUAUAUAUAUUAAAAGUAGAUGCUUUUCAGAAUUGUAUUCACAUAGUUGUAGUCACCUCCAACGUAACUAUUUGUUACUUUCCACAAAGCAUAUUUAAAACAAUAGUUAUCCCAGGUCUGGUGUAUAGCACAUGACUGACCUUUAUAUCUGAUGCCUAUAUACUCAGGGGUACAAUCUCUGGUUGUCAUGACACAGUCAGUCUAUAUGCGAACCGACAGGUGACACAUAUGGUCCCAUACUCAUCUUUGAUUUACCUGACAGAUUAUCUCCUAGUGUUGAACUUUGAACCUGUACACCCAAUGACCUCUUCUUAUCUGUCUGUUGGCCUGGACAUUGAUCAAAUUGAUGAUAAAUCAGUUACUCCUGUGUUGUUGUAGGAGUGUCACAAAGAGGCUAUCAUGUCACGGUGUCCUUGGGCAUUAACGGUUAUUGUGGCAAUGUGACAUUGACAUGGUGAAAAACACUAGAUAGCAAGAAACGCUAGAUACUGUAAAGCACAAUGAAUUAAAGUGUUUUUUUUCUCUCUCUCUCUCUCUCUCUCUCUCUCUCUCUCUCUCUCUCUCUCUGUCGUCUGCAGAGAAGAAAGCAGAGCAAGCAGCUGCCAGCCCAGGUGAGUGAUUGUGACACGGUGACUCUGUGGGCUUUGGGCCAAUCAGAGGUCUGUAUCUCUUUGCUCUUAUCUCCUCUAGUCCUAAUGGGGCUUUAUCAGACAGAGUACACCUCUCUCAGAGCCCUAUCAGUGCUCUUCUGAUCUCUCAGUGCUCUAGUGACAAGCACACUUCUUUAAUGGUGCUCUAACCUUAUGCACUCCCUGUCACUAGACUUAACUGAUAGGGAGUGCCAAGUGUUAGGGGUUAGGACUGUACAUUUGGGCUCAUACUGAGCUGGGAGGUACUGGUGUUCUCUGGACAGAACAGGGAUUGUGUGGAUUGUAUCUUUAUCAUCCUAGAGAGUGUCAGAAAGGCUAGAGUACCUGCUAGAUUGUGUUUUUUGACAGUCACAUUCUCUAUCUCGCACUCCCUCUCUGUCUCUCUCACUCACACUCCCCCCUGUCUCUCUCUCUCAUCCCUCUCUCUAGUGGUGUGUUACGUAGCAGACCGUAAUGAGUUGAGGCAUCGUGUGAUCCAGUGGCUGCAGACUGAGGUGGUCCCAGACGGCUGGUUUGUCAAGGGCUCCAACUUUACCGACAUCCUGCUCAAAUACUUCAAGGUGUGUGUGUGUGUAUGUGUGUGUGUGUGUGUCUGUUCCAGUUGUGAUAUUGGUUCUAUGAAGUCCAAAACUAUGGACUAAAUGGAAAAUUAAUUGUGCACAAAAAUGUAAGCUGUUUUUACCCCUCACAUAGCGCAUACCUUUUGCCAUAAGCUGUCACAAAUAGAAGAGGUGGCUGGAAACUAUUGGGUCUUUACAGGAGGGACACCCCCCAACCUUCAGCCCCUCUCUCACACUGGCCAACUUAUGGUGUCUUGUACCAUACACCCCCCCAUCCCUAAUCACAUACCUCCAUCUCCGUUCCCUUACCCUUUCAGACUGGCACUGUGCUAAUCUAAACACUCAGAUGGUAACCUCUAUCCCUCCAUCCCUCCCUCCCUCCCUCCCUCCCUCCCUCCCUCCCUCCCUCCCUCUCUUCCUUUCCACCAUAAAUCAUCAACUCUAGCCUGAUCAUUUAUGUGAAAGCCAUCUCAGGCAUGACAGUGGACGGCCUUAACUCCUCUUAAUGACCAUCCGCCUCCUGUGGUGAAGGACCCCUGGCCCUGCCACGCUCCCAUUUGCUCAGAUGGCCAUAAAGGGGAAGUGCAGUCAAUGUUCAGAAAAGUCUCUAUUUUAUCCCAUAUACAGUUGAAGUCGGAAGUUUACAUACACCUUAGCCAAAUACAUUUAAACUCAGUUUUUCACAAUUCCUGACAUUUAAUCCUAGUAGAAAUUCCCUGUCUUAGGUCAGUUAGGAUCACCACUUUAUGUUAAGAAUGUGAAAUGUCAGAAUAAUAGUAGAGAGAAUGAUUUAUUUCAGCUUUUAUUUAUUUCAUCACAUUUCCAGUGGGUCCAGAAGUUUACAUACACUCAAUUAGUAUUUGGUAGCAUUGCGUUUAAAUUGUUUAACUUGGGUCAAACGUUUCCAGUAGCCUUCCACAAGCUUCCCACAAUAAGUUGGGUGAAUUCUGGCCCAUUCCUCCUGACAGAACUGGUGUAACUGAGUCAGGUUUGUAAGCCUCCUUGCUCGCACAUGCUUUUUCAGUUCUGCCCACAAAUGUUCUAUAGGAUUGAGGUCAGGGCUUUCUGAUGGCCACUCCAAUACCUUGACUUUGUUGUCCUUAAGCCACUUUGCCACAACUUUGGAAGUAUGCUUGGGGUCAUUGUCCAUUUGUUGAUCCUCAACACGGGGGCCCCUCAGGGGUGCGUGCUCAGUCCCCUCCUGUACUCUCUGUUCACCCAUGACUGCAUGGCCAGGCACGACUCCAACACCAUCAUUAAGUUUGCCGACGACACAACAGUGGUAGGCCUGAUCACCGACAACGAUGAGACAGCCUAUAGGGAGGAGGUCAGAGAUCUGGCCGUGUGGUGCCAGGACAACAACCUCUCCCUCAACGUGACCAAGACAAAGGAGAUGAUUGUGGACUACAGGAACAAAAAUAGGACUGAGCACGCCCCCAUUCUCAUCGACGGGGCUGUAGUGGAACAGGUUGAGAGCUUCAAGUUCCUUGGUGUCCACAUCACCAACGAACUAUCAUGGUCCAAACACACCAAGACAGUCGUGAAGAGGGCACGACAAAGCCUAUUCCCCCUCAGGAGACUAAAAAGAUUUGGCAUGGGUCCUCAGAUCCUCAAAAAAUUCUACAGCUGCACCAUCGAGAGCAUCCUGACUGGUUGCAUCACCGCCUGGUAUGGCAACUGCUUGGCCUCUGACCGCAAGGCACUACAGAGGGUAGUGCGUACGGCCCAGUACAUCACUGGGGCAAAGCUUCCUGCCAUCCAGGACCUCUAUAGCAGGCGGUGUCAGAGGAAGGCCCUCAAAAUUGUCAAAGACUCCAGCCACCCUAGUCAUAGACUGUUCUCUCUGCUACCGCACGGCAAGCGGUACCGGAGUGCCAAGUCUAGGUCCAAAAGACUUCUCAACAGCUUCUACCCCCAAGCCAUAAGACUCCUGAACAGCUAAUCAUGGCUACCCGGACUAUUUGCACUGCCCCCCCACCCCAUCCUUUUUACGCUGCUGCUACUCUGUUAAGUAUUUAUGCAUAGUCACUUUAACUCUACCCACAUGUACAUAUUACCUCAACUACCUCAACUAGCCGGUGCCCCCGCACAUUGACUCUGCAACGGUACCCCCCUGUAUAUAUAGCCUCCCUACUGUCACUUUAUUUUACUUCUGCUCUUUUUUUCUCAACACUUUUUGUUGUUGUUGUUUUAUUCUUACUUUUUUGUUUAAAAUAAAUGCACUGUUGGUUAAGGGCUGUAAGUAAGCAUUUCACUGUAAUGUCUGCACCUGUUGUAUUCGGCGCAUGUGACCAAUAAAAUUUGAUUUGAUUUGAUUUGCGACCAAGCUUUAACUUCCUGACAGAUGUCUUGAGAUGUUGCUUCAAUAUAUCCACAUGAUUUUCCUGCCUCAUGAUGCCAUAUAUGUUGUGAAGUGCACCAGUCCCUCCUGCAGCAAAGCACCCCCACAGCAUGAUGCUGCCAUCCCUGUGCUUCACGUUUGGGAUGGUGUUCUUUGUCUUGCAAGCUACCCCCCUUUUCGUCCAAACAUAAUGAUGGUCAUUAUGGCCAAACAGUUCUAUUUUUGUUUCUUCAGACCAGAGGACAUUUCUCAAAAAAAUCUGAUCUUUGUCCCCUUGUGUAGUUGCAAACCGAAGUCUGGCUUUUUUAUGGCGGUUUUGGAGCAGUGGCUUCUUCCUUGCUGAGCGGCCUUUCAGGUUAUGUCGAUAUAGGACUCGUUUUACUGUGGAUAUAGAUACUUUUGUACCUGUUUCCUCCAGCAUCUUCACAAGGUCCUUUGCUGUUGUUCUGGGAUUGAUUUGCACUUUUCGCACCAAAGUACGUUCAUCUCUGGGAGAAAGAUCGCGUCUCCUUCCUGAGCGGUAUGACGGCUGCGUGGUCCCAUGGUGUUUAUACUUGCAUACUAUUGUUUGUACAAAUCAGGCGUUUGGAAAUUGCUCCCAAGGAUGAACCAGACUUGUGGAGGUCUACAAUUUUGUUUCUGAGGUCUUGGCUUAUUUCUUUUGAUUUUCCCAUGAUGUCAAGCAAAGAGGCACUGAGUUUGAAGGUAGGCCUUGAAAUACAUCCACAGGUACAGCUCAAUUAGCCUAUCAGAAGCUUCUAAAGCCAUGACAUCAUUUUCUGGAAUUUUCCAAGCUGUUUAAAGGCACAGUCAACUUAGUGUAUGUAAACUUCUGACCCACUGGAAUUGUAAUACUGUGAAUUAUAAGUGAAAUAAUAUGUCUGUAAAUAAUUGUUGGAAAAAUUACUUGUGUCAUGCACAACAUAGAUGUCCUAACCGACUUGCCAAAACUAUAGUUUGUUAACAAGAAAUUUCAAGAAAACUACUUCAAAAUGGAGAUGGCCUCAAUGGCGCUGCCCAUGCACUCACAGACGCCAUAAUGGGACAGAUGUAACGUUGCGAUCUCUAUAUAACUCUGUGACAUUAUCCCCACUGGUUACAGUUUCUAUCACACACAUGAAAACAUGAGAGAGAUUCAUUUGAAAUCAAAAGACCAUUGUUCUCCUGUCUCUUCCAGUCUCCUCUAUGUGCCUCGUUUCUGAGAGUUCCAUUAACUCUCCACAGAGACAGAGCACAGUGAAAUAAUGGAGCCAAAAGUAUAGUCCCACACACCACCACAUCUACGCACUAAAGAUAAACUCAGCAAAAAAAUAAACGUCCCUUUUUCAGGACCCUGUCUUUCAAAGAUAAUUCGUAAAAAUCCAAAUAACUUCACAGAGCUUCAUUGUAAAGGGUUUAAACACUGUUUCCCAUGCUUGUUCAAUGAACCAUAAACAAUUAAUGAACAUGCAACUGUGGAAUGGUCAUUAAGACACUAACAGCUUACACACGGUAGGCAAUUAAGGUCACAGUUAUGAAAACUUAGGACAUUAAAGAGGCCUUUCUACUGACUCUGAAAAACACUAAAAGAAAGAUGCCCAGGGUCCCUGCUCAUCUGCGUGAACAUGCCUUAGGCAUGCUGCAAGGAGGCAUGAGGACUGCAGGUUUGGCCAGGGCAAUAAAUUGCAAUGUCCGUACUGUGAGACGCCUAAGACAGCGCUACAGGGAGACAGGACGGACAGCUGAUCGUCCUCGCAGUGGCAGACCACGUGUAACAACACUUGCACAGGAUCGGUACAUCCGAACAUCACACCUGCGGGACAGGUACAGGAUGGCAACAACAACUACCCGAGUUACACCAGGAACGCACAAUCCCUCCAUCAGUGCUCAGACUGUCCGCAAUAGGCUGAGAGAGGCUGGACUGAGGGCUUGUAGGCCUGUUGUAAGGCAGGUCCUCACCAGACAUCACCGGCAACAAAGUCGCCUAUGGGCACAAACCCACCGUCGCUGGACCAGACAGGACUGGCAAAAAGUGCUCUUCACUGACGAGUCGCGGUUUUGUCUCACUAGGGGUGAUGGUCGGAUUCGCAUUUAUCGUCGAAGGAAUGAGCGUUACACCGAGGCCUGUACUCUGGAGCGGGAUCGAUUUGGAGGUGGAGGGUCCGUCAUGGUCUGGGGCGGUGUGUCACAGCAUCAUCGGACUGAGCUUGUUGUCAUUGCAGGAGAUCUCAACGCUGUGCGUUACAGGGAAGAUAUCCUCCUCCCUCAUGUGGUACCCUUCCUGCAGGCUCAUCCUGACAUGACCCUCCAGCAUGACAAUGCCACCAGCCAUACUGCUCAUUCUGUGCAUGAUUUCCUGCAAGACAGGAAUGUCAGUGUUCUGCCAUGGCCAGCAAAGCGCCCGGAUCUCAAUCCCAUUGAGCACGUCUGGGACCUGUUGGAUCGGAGGGUGAGUGCUAGGGCCAUUCCCCCCAGAAAUGCAGGUGCCUUGGUGGAAGAGUGGGGUAACAUCUCACAGCAAGAACUGGCAAAUCUGGUGCAUGAGGAGGAGAUGCACUGCAGUACUUAAUGCAGCUGGUGGCCACACCAGAUACUGACUGUUACUUUUGAUUUUGACCCCCCCUUUGUUCAGGGACACAUUAUUCAAUUUCUGUUAGUUACAUGUCUGUGGAACUUGUUCAGUUUAUGUCUCAGUUUUUGAAUCUUGCUAUGUUCAUACAAAUAUUUACACAUGUUAAGUUUGCUGAAGAUAAACGCAGUUGACAGAGAGAGGACGUUUCUUUUUUUGCUGAGUUUACAAUGGAGCCUUUAAGUAUCCCUCCACCCCAAUGUAGAGGUUCACACUGGGGGACCCCCGGGGGGGAGGAGAUUAAAUACCAUAUCUAUCUCCAAGGCAACAGGUCCCUGCAUUCAAACCCCUCAAUCCCCUUAUCUGGCAGGGCCAGAUAAGACUGUCUCACUUUCUCUCCCUAUACACUAUGUCUGUCUGUCAAUCUCUCUCUUUAUAGAAUAGAACUCCAUGGCUCUUCCAUUUCCAUGUGUCCCCCCUCACUCUGGAUUAGCAGGCUAGAAGCAGGUGUUUUAUCAGUUAAAGGGACAUAUGAUUGGAAAGUGAUUGAUAGAGAAACUCUUCUCUACUCCUACUAACUCUGUUUGUGUGUGUGUGCGUGCGUGCAUGCGUGCGUGUACACAGAACUACGACAAUGGUGACUCCACGCUGGACUCCUCAGAGCUUCUCAAAUUCAUCCAACAUAAUGACUCCAACGUGGACAUGCAGUCAUACGCAGACCAGGAGAGCAACAAGCUGCUCAGGUCAGUGUGUGUGCGUGUGUGCGUGCUUGUGUGCUAUUUCAUCUUUAAAAAGCGUAUCUACUUCUAGUGUAGUGUAAAUCCGAGCCAUAUACAUAGUGUACCGUAAAUGUAUAUGAAUACCUCUACAGUAUCUAUAUCUUAUCCUCAGCUGUACAGUAUAGGGUUUCUGAGGAGUUGGUGCUAUAUAAAGCCCUACUUUCCCUCUCUCUGAGCCUUAAACCCUGUGUGACCCAGUCUAAACUGCACCGGGGGCCUCCUGUGGGUGAUCUAACCCUCACAGACACCUGUUCUGUACAUUAUCUGAGCCUGGGUUUCCACUGUGCUGCUCACUGGAGCAGUGCUGCAAUGCUUCUUCAGGUUUGGAGAAAAUAAACUGCCUAAAUCAGCCACUUCUAUUGCCCAUACAUGAGAAGGGCCCUGAGUAUUUCCUGGCCAUGUGACUUGACCAGGGACAACUCUGGGCCCUGCAAAUGAAGGAUGGAUAACCUUUAAAAACAAAUCUAGUUGUUUCAACUAACUAUUGUUAAGUAACUGGUUCCACAGCCUUUUUUUAAUUACUAAACAUUUCGGUCCAAAUGUUACCUGAACAAAAAAAAGAGUUGGCCCAAACUCCAACGUAGGCAAAAUUCUGUCAAUUUAAAAUGAUGUGUUUGCUUACAUAUUUGACAUACAUGAUUACAUUGUGCAUUGAUACAGUCAUUAUUAUUCAACAUGUCUUCACCUGGGAUUUGGAUUCGCAACCUCUUGGUUCAUGGCAUUCUGAUCUUCCUGCUAUGCCACCACGUCUGGGUUAUUUAUCAGUUAAUCUGACUAUUCUCUCAUCAUUGAUUUGAUUUACUUAUUUCAGCAAUUUUAGGUUUUUCUGUAUAGUUGUCUAAUGUUGGUGGUGCAUAUAACUCUGUUUUAAUGUCAGUCCUUAAUCAUUAUGAUAAAUAAAAUAGUUUUAUUGAGUGUACUUUUAACAAAGCUGAGAUUUACUUUGAAGUGCAAAGUGUAGCAAUACAGGUAAAAUCAGUCUUCGACACAGAUAUGGUGGCCUAGCAGAAAGAUUGGAAUGUCGUAAAACCAAGAGGUUUUCAAAUCCCAGGUGAGGACAUGUUGAAUAGUAAUUACUGUAUAAGAGAACAUGCAUGAUGUGUGUCAAAUAUUGUAUGUUAAAAGCACUGUUUGUGUAACCAGUUGCACAGCCUUUUUUUAGUUAAAAUGCCCAAAUAAUAAUUUCUAUUUGAAUGAACAUAUGAGACAAUUCUGAGCAAACACUUCAUUUUAAGUAUACUUUUUUUUUCUUAAGUUGGAGCUAAGUUUGAGGCAACUUUUUUUUUUUGGUUCAGGUAACAGUUGGACCGAAAAGUUGAGUAAACAAACAAAAAAUGGCUGUGGAACCAGUUACUUAAUAAUAAUUAGUUGAAACAACAAGAUUUGUUUUACAGUGUAGGAAGAUUCUGUAUGCAAAAUAAUCCACUAACUUAACUUUUUUAUCAGACAUCCAACACAGUCAGAAACUAUGUCCAAUAACCAUCUCAACAGCUAUGCAUAGCUAUGAGUACAGGCAGUGAAUGUGAACUUGUGUGUGUGUUUCUUUGUCCUGUUCCCAGAAGCCUGUGUGUGGACGCCCUGAUCGAGCUGUCCGAUGAGAACGCUGACUGGAAGCUUAGCUUCGAUGAAUUCCUCAGCUGCCUGAAGCCCGGCUUCAACCCACCUGAGAAGAGUGAGCUCACAGACACAUGACCCUUGACCCCAUGACUCUAUGACGACAACACUGCACACCACUGCUGACAUCACACGUUUUUUUCUCAGUUCAUUACACAAAUACCUCUAUAUCAACCUCUCUGAUACAUGCAGUAAACUGCAGUAUGUGCAUGGGAUUUACAUUAUGUUAAUCAAAAUACCAAAUUUAUUCACCACAACCACAAGCAUAUCUACUGUAACUCACCCUAAUAUACUUGAAAUUCAUUCAAGCAAAAACAGCUAAAUAUUAUUUAUUUACAGACAAGAGUAUUUUUCCUCAGUCUGUUGUACUGUACUGAGUUGAGCAGAGGCUGUGCAACCUGUUAUAACCCCUUGUCCCGCCUGCGGGACAAUCAAAUAUUAUUUUUCAUAAUUUUCAUAAUUAUUUUAACUAGCUAGCUAUAGCUACUAGAAGGGAAGCUAGCAAACAACACCCAAAAUUGCGACCAAAGGUAAUGUAAAUGUUUUUAUUAUUCAUCCAAUCAUAAACAUAUUUGGUGGUGUUGGGCCAGCCUUUGUUGAUCUAUUGGGGAACGAGAAAGAAUAGCUCGGUUUGAAAUUCAUUUGGAUGUCUAUGAAGGAAACAUUAAGUUUGGCUUACAAUUUUAUAUUUCCUUUUUUUUCUAAGUAUAAAUUGUACAUUAUUUUGUGUAUAGGAUGGACCUAAGAAAGUUUGAAAGACUUAAAUGUAAUCUUACAUGUAUGCUAUUUCAAAUGAUACACCGGGCCCAGUACAGUGUUUUAACAGAGGGCAUCACCCCUUUGUCUACUCACUGGCAGCCAUCUUGAGAUUCAGCACUUCAGCUUUCCUGCAUUACCCUACUCUAUACAUUUCUGGAUUUAUUAGCUGUUAAAAAAGGGUUACUAUCAUUAACACAAUGGGAAAAUCUAAUAAUUUAUUAUUGAAAUAUUGAAAUAACAUGGGCGACUGAGAAAAACAAAUUGGUACAAUUUAAGGCCAUGUGACAAACAAUAAUGCACUUGUUGAUGACGUUGAGACUGGUGUUUUGCGGGUACUAUUUAAUGAAGCUGCCAGUUGAGGACCUGUGAGGCAUCUGAUUCUCAAACUAGACACUCUAAUGUAUUUGUCCUCUUGCUCAGUUGUGCACUGGGGCCUCCCACUCCUCUUUCUAUUCUGGUUAGAGCCAGUUUGUGCUGUUCUGUGAAGGGAGUAGUACACAGCAUUGUAUGAGAUCUUCAGUUUCUUGGCAAUUUCUCGCAUGGAAUAGCCUUCAUUUCUCAGAACAAGAAUAGACUGACGAGUUUCAGAAGAAAGUUAUUUGUUUCUGGCCAUUUUGAGCCUGUAAUCGAACCCACAAUUGCUGAUGCUCCAGAUACUUAACUAGUCUCAAGAAGGCCAGUUUUAUUGCUUCUUUAAUCAGCACAACAGUUUUCAGCUGUGCUAACAUAAUUGCAAAAGGGUUUUUAAAUGAUAAACUUGGAUUAGCAAACACAACGUGCCAUUGGAACACAGGACUGAUGGUUGCUGAUAAUGGGCCUCUGUACGCCUAUGUAGAUAUUCCAUAAAAAAUCUGCAGUUUCCAGCUACAAUAGCCAUUUACAACAUUAACAAUGUCUACACUGUAUUUCUGAUCAAUUUGAUGUUAUUUUAAUGGACAAAAAAAUUGCUUUUCUUUCGAAAACAAGGACAUUUCUAAGUGACCCCAAACUUUUGAACGGUAGUGUAUCUAAAAUAAUGGUGAGUAUUACACUAAGCGGAAUUGCCCGGAAUUGCCCACAAGGCUGGGGUUAUAACAGGUUCAGGUUAAUGAUGUAGGGGAAAGUUCAGUGUUUGACCUCACUCACAGCUGAAGCAGGCAGCUGCACACAUUCCAGUCCGGAAAACAGAGCCUACCCUGGGGCCUCACCAGAGCUAAGGACACAGAUACUGUAGUAGAGUGCUUUAACAUACUAUGCAAACACACUCGCACUCCCUAUCGCUCUGCUGCGCUCUUUCUGCUGUGGACUAUGCACAAACUCCGCACUACUCAACUGCAUUGCCAAUGUUUUAUUUAGACAGUUAGAAUAAAUCGAUUCAACUGAAAAGCAGGGAAUUUUCUAUCUCUUUGUUAGAUGUGGGGUGUAUGAGAGGCACUAUAACUGCUGUACCCGAUCUAUUUUCAACUUGAAUUCUAUGUGCCCCCCUGCAGAGUGUGCCCUGGAGGAUGAGACCUAUGAUGAUGGGUCUGAGACGCAGGUGGAGUGUAACCGCUGUGUGUGUGCCUGUGGCAACUGGGUCUGCACCGCCAUGACCUGCACUGGUGAGGAGAGAAACACCAGCACACCUGCAUAGACACAUUGGCUCAUCUAAAAGUCAUCUUAACCACAAACAGCACAACAGAUAAGGACUCAACACCUGUCCUUCUCUCUCUCCAGUUGUUCCUGUAAUUCUUUCAUUCUUUGCAUCUCUUUCUCAGACAAGACAGCGGUUGUCGAGGAGACCGGGGAGGCGGGACAGGAGAUGACCGAGGAGGAAUGGAGCCUCCGUGUGACCGAGCUUAACAAGCACCAGGUCAGCCUGUCACCAGAGGCAACAGUUGGUCAAUGUUCAACGGACAGACCAGGCCGCUCUCCAAUCUCCCCAGACAGAUGGGUAGCUCUGGAAUCUGUCUAGACAGAGUUAUCAACUAGCUACAAUAUUAUUGAAAGUUCAGAACAAAUGAGUUUAUUACACCCAUUUCAACCCUUGAAAGAUGUGUACUACACCCCAUGAGUAAUUAAGGGUGGUUUGAACAGUCAUGACUAUGCAAAUAGUGGACCUAGACCAGGGCUCUCCAACCCUGUUCCUGGAGAGCUACCCUCCUGUAGGUUUUUGCUCCAAUGCCAGUUGUAACUAAUCUAAUUUAGCUUAUCAACCAGUUCAUUAUUAGAAUCAGGUGCGCUAGAUUAGGGUUGGAGCCCUGAUCUAGACCAUAGGGAGUGGGUGAUAUGCUUUGUCAUACAAUACAGCAUGUUUAGUUGUCCUGAGAAAGAAACAGUGGGAGAGUUGUUCUUUAUUGAUGACUAACCUUGUGCAGACCAUGCAACUCAUUGUGUGUGUAUUUGUAUUUAUUAUAGAUCCCCAUUACUUUUCCUAGGGUCCAACAACAUUAAGGCAGUUAUACAAUUUAAAAAACAUUACAAUACAUUUCACAAUAGAUUUCACAGCACAUUAAGUGUGUGCCCUCAGGCCACUACUCUACUACAACUUAUCUACAACACAAAAUCCAUGUGUACAUGUGAGCAGUUCUGGCUCUCAGCCAUAGAAGAGUCAGCAAGGUCAUGUACUCUGUCCUCAAACAGAAUAUCUUCCAACAUCAAACAUUAACAUCAACAACAACAACGUUGUAAUGUUUUCCCAUGAAUGUAUUAAUACUAAAAAGUAAGCCAAUAUUGAAGUUAAGAACAGGUAGAGAUCCUUUACACUAGAGGAACUAAGGGGAAGUCAUCCUCGGCACUGGGUAGAGGAAUAUGGGGUAUUGAGUCUGUUACUAUCUAAUCAGAGUUACAUGGCAUAUAUUGCUCUUCUCAUGACAAUAUAUUACAUUCUCCUUUCAUAUCCGCGAUCUCCCUCUAUCCCCAUCUCUGUCUCUCUCUCCCUCUACCCCCCCCCCCCCCCCUCUUUCAAACACAGGAAACAGUGGAGAAGAUGAAGGCCAGCACAAAGGAGGCCUAAGAGGCCGAAAUGAGGGCUUGAAGGAGAGAGAGAGAGAGAGAGAGAGAGAGAGGGAGAGCGAGAGAGAGAGAGAUCACUCUUCCUCCAUACUUGAUGUACCUUGA